AUGGCGCCGAACACUACAUACGAAAAUGGGAGCGAAUCCCUCACCCCAAUUGCCAUCUGCGGCGUUGGCAUCCGGUUUCCGGGUGGCAUUCACAAUGCCGAACAAUUCUGGGAGUCGAUCGUCAAUGACCGUGCUCAACCACGGGCGGAUGGCGAUGAAAAGGAAGAACUAGACACUGUUGAUGCUUCAUUCUUCUCGGCAGAGGCUGAGAACUGCAGCCCCUUGCAGCGGAAGCUCCUGGAGGUGACUCGUGAGUGUCUUGAGGAUGCGUGCGAGAUCAACUACUGGGGCGAGGAUGCUCGUGUGGGCUGCUAUGCUGGCGGUAUUGGAGAGGAUGAUGCCUCGGUGGUGUCACUGAAGCAUGGUUUGAGAGGCCCGAGCAUGACGAUUGGAGCGUCAUCAUCGUCAUUUCUUGUAGCUCUGCAUGAGGCUUGCUCCGCUGUUCGAUCUGGCAGUGCCAAAUCGGCAGUUGUUCUGGGAGCUUCUCAGGAUGGCGCUGUAAGAGGCGAGGUCGUGUCAGCUGUACAUAUCAAGACACUGCCUGAUGCCACGCGCAGCGGCAACCCGAUUCGUGCCGUCAUUCGAGCUUCUAGCGCAGGCAGCGCUUUGACGUCUGAGGCGCAUCAUGGCGGCUAUCUGCAUGAGGGCGCGUCUGGUCUUACGAGCUUGGUCAAGGCAGUGGUCACAUUGGAGAACCGGAUGAUCCCCCCAAAUGUUGCCUCUGGUAAGUCCUAUGAUGCCAGUUUAUAUCUGCAAUCUAGAGCCAGCAUCAUUGCUUCUGACGCUGAGGGACACAGCGCUCACGUUAUUGUCGACUCCCACCCCCGAACUACUCCGAUUGCAUCCGAGGCUCGGCCGGAGCUUGUUCUCUUCUCUGCAGAGAACGCGGGUUCUCUGGCCAAGCAGAUAGAGCUGCACCGUCUGUACGCUGAAGCUCACCCGGAUGAUGCUGCCGACAUCGCUUAUACCCGUGCCCUUCGACGCGAGGUUUUGGAACACAAGGCAUUCGCCAUCCUCUCGAAUUCAUCAUUUAUCACCACUUCCAACUACGUCAAUUCUUCCGCAGGGACCCCUGCCAUCACCAUGGUAUUCAACGGCCAGGGUGCUCAGUGGGCGGGAAUGGCCAAGGAGCUCAUCUUGACUGACCCCGAUUUCAGGGAAGACAUCAAGAGGAUGGAUGUUGUCCUGAAGGGAUCGAGGAUACCCGCAACCUGGUCAAUUGAGGAGGAGCUUCUCCGGGAUGCUGCCGACUCAAACAACCGGAUCAACACCUCACAGUUCUCCUACCCUCUCAGCACGGCGCUUCAAAUCGCCCUGGUUAACCGUUUCAGCCGCCUUGGUGUUACGCCCAAGGCUGUUGUUGGACAUUCUAGCGGUGAAAUUGCUGCUGCGUAUGCUGCAGGAUUCCUCUCCUUUGAGGACGCCAUCACCAUUGCUUAUUAUUACGGCCAUGUCACUGCCAAGAACCAGAGAGAUGGUGCCAUGGGAGUGGUGAGCUUGGGUGUCGAGGAAAUGAAGGGGCUCCUGGAGCAGGGUGUGGUGAUUGCUUGCGAGAAUUCUCCCAUCAGCACCACUAUUUCUGGUGAUCGUGAGGCAGUAGAGCGAGUGCUGAAGUCCGUCAAGGCUGUCAAGCCUGAUGUGACCGCUCGGCUUCUGCGCGUUGAUACCGCCUAUCACUCUCACCACAUGGCUGUGCUUGCUAAUGAGCUGCUUGAGCUUUUGACGGCGGAGAAGGUCGCUUCGCAAGCGAUCCGGAAGAGCAAGGUCACCUUCGUAUCUACCGUCAGCGAGAAGGUGCUCAAGGAACAGAGCGACUUUGAAGCUGCGUAUUGGAUCUCCAACCUUGUUUCGCCAGUUCGCUUUAGCUCGUCUGUCUCCAGCCUCCUUGGCGUAUCAUCUGAAGAGACUCUGUUUCUGGAAGUUGGACCUCAUUCUGCACUCUCCGUGCCUCUAUCCCAGAUCUGUGCCGCCGCAGAUGUCCGAUGCAAAUACGUCUCGUCCCAAACUCGUGGAGUCGAUAGCGCAGUGAGCUUUCUCUCUGCUGUUGGAAGGCUGUGGCAGGAGUCGGCUGUGCCGAAUCUCGCCCCUCUGUUCUCCCAUGGCAGGGCAAUCUCUGGCUUACCUCAGUAUCCCUGGAGUUACGGAACCUCUGAUGAGGGCUCCGAUGCCACUGAUCUAUCAGCUCGUGAGAAGCGGGCGCGUGUUAUUGCAGAAGAUAGCUCUCUGGAGAGCGAGCUUGCCGACGACGAAGUGCCUACCAGUGAAGUAGAAAUUGUCCUUCGAGCUGUUUGGGUUGAGAUCCUUCGAGAUGUGAACCGGAUCCGUAAGCAGGACAUUGGUAAGAAGCACAACUUUUUCCUGCUCGGUGGUGACUCUCUCACCACUAUUGAGCUUGUUACUGCUGCUUACCAGUACGGUAUUUGUCUGAGUCCGGCGGCCGUGUCGGACAACGCUGAGCUUGCCCGGAUGGCAGCUGUGGCAACCAUCGAAAACGACAGCGCAAUGAUGUCUGAAGCGAAGCCCUUCAGCAUGGUCAGCAUUGACAAGGUUGACGAGAUCAAAGACAAGAUCCGAAAGGAGUGCAAGCUUACCGCAACGGAAACUAUUGAGGAUGUCUAUCCCUGUACGACUCUCCAGGAAGGCUUCAUGGCUUUGGGUAUGAAGCAGCCUGGCUCUUACAUCCACAGGGUCGUGUACAAGCUGAGACCCGACAUUGACGUUGAUCAAUUCAAGGCUUCUUGGGAGGCCACAAUCAGUCAAUGCGGAAGCUUGCGUUCGCGAGUUGUCCUUUUCGGCGGUCGAGCUCUCCAGGCUGUGAUGGCUGAGGAUAUUGCCUGGGAGCAGCCUGCUCCAGGAUUGGACAUCAAUGCCUAUCUCAACCGAACGCGAAGCAUUAGCAUGAGCUAUGGCGAGCGCCUGAGCAGACACGCUCUGGUUCGAGAUGCAAAUGGCGGCGUCCACUUCGUGUGGCUCAUUCACCAUGCUGUAUUUGACGGUCUCACCAUGCGAAUCGUCCUGGAUGCUCUCUACAACGCUUACCAUGGCAACGAAGCCAAAGCUUUGCGCCCGUACUCCAACUUCAUCCGCUAUGUCGAUUCCAUCAAUUCCGCCGCCUCUACCAAAUACUGGCAAAAGGAGCUUGAUGGUGCUCAGCGCGCUCAUUUCCCGCCCGCGAGACUGUCUGCCACAUCUGAGGACCGGGUUAUGAAGAGGACUAUGCCAUUCCAUAACGCAAAGACCUCGUCAGUAACCACAGCUACGAUCCUUCGCGCGGCGUGGGCUCUCCUGCUUGCGCGCUACUGCGACUCUGAUGAUGUGUGCUUCGGUACUACGCUGUCGGGUCGUCAGGCCGCGGUGCCAGGAUUGAACGAGAUUCCAGGUCCCAUGAUUGCGACUGUGCCAGUUCGAGUCAAGGUUGAGCGUGGCAUGACUGUAUCCUCCUUUCUCGAGAAAAUCCAGACGCAAGCGGCGGACAUGGUGGCUCACGAGCAGUACGGUCUUCAGAACAUCUCGAAGUUGUCUCAAGAUGCCGAGGAAGCAUGCGACUUUUCCAACCUCAUCGUCAUUCAGCCAAACAAUCAUCUGACGUCCAUGGCUGAUACUGCGUCUGAUGCCAUCUUGCAGCAGGGCCCCCGCGAAAAAGCUCUCUCGGAAGAGGCGAUGCGCAAUUACUUCAACUACCCCCUCGUUUUGCAGCCUCGCAUUGGCGAGGACAGCAUUGAGCUGGACUUGACGUAUUACGCUGAUGCCAUCACUGAGGGCCAGCUUGAGGCUCUGUGUGUCCACUACGAGCACAUUGUUCAACAAUUGCUUGCUCCGACCGACAUGCCCCUGAGUGACCUUUCGGUGUCUGGUUCGUGGGAUCUGGAACAGGCGAUCAAGAGCAACGACGAAACACCCGAAAUCGUCGACAUGUGUCUUCACCAACUUAUCGAGAGGCAAGCAAGGACAAACCCUAACUCACCUGCUAUCCAAGCCUGGGAUAUGGAGCUGUCUUACUCGCAGCUUGAUCGCGCUGCCAACCGCCUCGCCCACCAUCUCGUCAAAUCUUGUGGCGUCAAGGAUCAGGACUUCGUCCACGUCUGCUUUGAGAAAUCGGCCUGGUUUUUCGUGUCUGUUAUUGCUGUCAACAAGGCUGGUGCUACAUGGGUUCCUUUGGAUCCCUCGCACCCGCUGCAGAGGCAGCAACAGGUUGUCUCGCAGACGAAGGCGACGCUGGCCUUGGCUUCCCCCAGCAACGUUGAGAUGUGCACAGAGUUGGUUGAUAACGUCGUUGAGGUGUCUUCAACUCUAGAUGAGAAGCUGGCUAAGACAGAAGAGAGCUCGUAUGGUCCGAUCCGUAACGUGUCUCCAGACAAUGCAGCCUACGUUCUGUUUACUUCUGGAAGUACCGGAACGCCAAAGGGUCUGGUUAUGCAGCACAGGGCCGUUUGCACCUCGCAGACUGCUAUUACCAAGCGCCUUGGAAUGACUUCUAACGUGAGGAUGCUUCAAUUUGCGUCUUUUGUCUUUGACCUCUCCAUUGGUGAGAUCGUCGGUCCCUGGGUAGUCGGUGGCUGUCUCUGCGUUCCGUCUGAGGAAACGAGGAUGAACAACCUGGUAGACUUCAUCAACACGAUGCAAAUCAACUGGGCUUAUCUGACGCCCUCGUUUACGCGCACUUUGAACCCUGAUGACGUUCCGAGUCUGGAAUUACUGUUGUUUGCUGGCGAGGCUGUUGGACGAGAUGUGUUCGAGGCUUGGUUUGGCAAGGUGCGCCUGAUUAAUGGUUGGGGCCCUGCCGAAACCUGUGUCUUCUCAACCCUCCACGAGUGGAAGAGCCUCGAGGAAUCUCCGCUGACGGUUGGUACUCCGGUAGGCGGCUACUGCUGGAUUGUUGAUCCGCAUGAUCCGCAGCGACUGGCCCCUGUCGGGACCCUUGGUGAAGUUGUCAUCCAAGGCCCGACGGUCCUCCGCGAGUAUCUGGCUGAUCCUACCAAGACCGAGGCAUCGUUGGUCCGGAACCUCCCUGAGUGGGUGCCCAAUCGUACAGCAGCACACUGGGAUCGAUUCUACAAGUCGGGUGACCUGUGUCGGUAUAACGCGGACGGCACGAUUGAGUUUGGAUCGCGCAAGGAUAGCCAGGUCAAGAUUCGAGGCCUUCGUGUCGAGCUUGGAGAAAUCGAGCAUCAUAUCCGCGAGUCUCUGGAAGGCGUCAAGCAGGUGGCUGUGGAUGUGGCAAAGGGCGAUGGUGGCGCAAUUAUCGUGUCCUACUUCUCCUUUACCGAAGAGACCCGUACUGCUGGCAAGAACUCCGAGACGAGCGUUAGAGAUGUGUUUGCGCCCAUGACUCCUGAGCUCCAGAGCCAACUUACUGCCUUGGUUGGCCAGCUUAGUGUUACACUUCCUCGGUACAUGAUCCCGACGCUGUUUAUCCCCUGCCAUUACAUGCCCUUCAUCACCUCGACGAAAUUGGAUAUGAAGCUUCUGCGACUGGCAAUGUCUAAUCUUGGUAAGGACGACAUUGCGAGAUAUUCCCUUGUGGAUAGCAAGAAGCGUGCCCCGGAAACGGAAAUGGAGACCCGUAUCCAGGCGAUCUGGGCGGAUCUCCUGAAGCUGUCGCCUGAUUUCAUCGGUCGAGACGAUAGUUUCUUGAGGAUGGGUGGUGACUCGAUUGCUGCCAUCUAUUUCGUGUCUGCAGCCCGCGAUGCUGGAAUUUCCAUUGCAGUGAAGGAUGUUUUCGAUGACCCCCGUUUGUUCCAGGUGGCUUCCAAGGCUACUCUUCUCUCCAGCGCGGGUGGCUCUUCUCAGGUUAAGCCCUUUACGCUGCUGUCAGGCUCGUUGAGCAAACUUAUGCAAAGCGAUGCUGUGCGAACCCGGUAUGGCCUUGGCCAGAACCAGAUGAUCGAGGAUGCUUAUCCUUGCACGCCCCUUCAGGAAGGUCUCAUGGCCCUCACUGCAAAGCAACGCGGGUCAUACGUCUCUCAAUGGUUCUAUCGAAUGCCCAAGCAUAUCGAUAUUGCCAAAUUCAAGGAUGCUUGGAAUGAGGCUGUUCAGUGUAACGCUACCCUGAGAACCCGUAUUAUGCUUGAAGACGGCUCUGCAGUGCAAGCUGUCAUCUCGAACGACGGCGACUGGGAGGAUACUGCUGGGCAAAACCUCGAGUCGUUCAAGAACGUGAUUUCUCAGCUGGACAUUGGAUAUGGAACUCGUUUGACCAGAUUUGCUCUCGUUGAGGACCAGGAUGACAUUUACUUCGUCUGGAUCAUCCACCAUGCCAUCAAUGACGGUUGGAGCAUGCGCAUUGUCCUCGAUGGCGUCUACAACAGCUACUAUGGCCAAAAGGUUGCUUCUUUGACGCCUUACUCCAACUUCAUCAACUAUCUGAGCAACAUAGACGGCGAAGCAGCAGCCAACUUCUGGCGAUCUGACCUUGCUGGUGCUCAACGACCCAUCUAUCCUGCCGCUGGAACCUCUCUGGCUGCUAACAGCACUGAGAACUCGACUCGUGUUGUCGAUCGUUUGGUAUCCUUCUCCAACCACAAGGACGCCUCCAUCACCAUGGCAACUAUCCUUCGAGCGGCUUGGGCGAUUGUCCUCGGCAAGCAUUGCGAUGCCAGCGACGUCUGCUAUGGCGCGACUGUUUCUGGUCGUCAGGCUAACAUGGACGGCCUUUUGUCGACUCCCGGUGCUGUUAUCGCCACUGUCCCGAUCCGAGUCCACCUGGAAGCCGAUAAGCCUGUGAGCCAGAUGCUGCAGGACUUGCAGGCUCAUGGCCUGGAUAUGGUUCCAUUUGAGCAGUAUGGUCUGCCCAACAUUGCCAAGCUGAGCCCGGAGGCCCGAGAGGCUUGCGACUUUACCUCGCUGCUGGUUAUUCAGCCCAAAGAGCAGGAAAGCUCCAUCUUCAACAUGAAAGAUGGUCUGCUACAGUCGGAUGCUGAAGAAGAUCACCUUUUGAUCGAGUCUAUGGACAAGUAUUUCAACUACCCGUUGGUCAUGCUCAGCUACAUGACGGAAGACAACGUGAACCAGAGGUUCGUGUAUAAGCCAGACAUUCUGUCCGAGGCUGAGGUGGAGGCCCUCUCCUAUCAGUUCGAAUAUGUCGUCCAGCAGCUCCUGAGCCCAGACAACAAGCUCAUCGGCGACAUCUCUCUUGUUGGAGAGCAUACUUUUCUCAAAGCAAACACCGAGGUUCCUGAAAUCAUCGACUCUUGUAUCCACGAGUUGGUCGAAAAACAGGCCCUCGAACGGCCCGAUGCCCUUGCUAUUGUGGGCUGGGAUCGGACUUUCACUUAUGCUGAACUCAAUGAGGCUGCAAACCGUUUGGCCCAUCAUCUCACGCAAAGCUUCUCCAUUAAAGCUGAUGAGCUGAUCCACGUUUGCUUUGAGAAAUCGGCAUGGCACUUUGUCGCGAUUGUGGCCAUCAACAAAGCUGGUGCCGGAUGGGUCCCCCUCGAUCCAUCACAUCCUGAACAGCGUUUACGCCAGAUCGCCAGUCAGACCCGUGCGAGAAUCGUACUGACAUCGCCGGCCAACUCGGACAUCUGUGCCCGCUUAGGCUUGUCUGUCAUUGAGAUAAGCCCGUUCUUUGACCAGAAGCUCAUCAAGAGCGGCAUGAAUGGCAGCGCCGGGCCAGACGUCAAGAUAACGCCUCGCAACAUUGCGUACGUCCUUUUUACGUCCGGUUCUACUGGUACGCCCAAGGGUUUGGUCAUGGAACAUGGUUCUGUAUGCACCUCGCAGACCGCCAUCAGCCAGAGACUUGGAUUGACUGCCGAUGUUCGCAUGUUGCAGUUUGCAGCCUUUGUGUUCGAUCUGUCCAUUGGUGAAAUCGUGGCGCCACUGAUCUCGGGUGCCUCUCUUUACAUCCCAGACGAAAACACUCGGUUAAACGAUCUGUCAAACUUCAUCCAGGAGAACCAGAUUAACUGGGCCUUCCUUACCCCCGCGUUCGCCCGCACUAUCAAGCCAGAAGACGUCCCUGCUCUGGAGCUCUUGUUGCUAGCAGGAGAAGCCGUCAGUCGCGAUGUGUUUGAAAGCUGGUUCGGAAAGGUCAGACUUAUCAACGGUUGGGGCCCGGCUGAGACGUGUGUUUUCUCGACGCUUCAUGAGUGGAAGUCCAUCGAUGAGAGCCCUCUGACUGUUGGCCGGCCGGUCGGCGGUUUCUGUUGGAUUGUCGAUCCAGAAAACUCUGAGAAGCUGGCCCCUACCGGCACCAUCGGCGAGGUCGUUAUCCAAGGUCCCACCCUGCUUCGUGAAUACCUUGCAGAUGCCGAGAGGACCAGGUUGUCGACUGUCUAUGAUUUGCCGGCUUGGGCACCAUGCCGUGAGUCUCAGCAUUGGAGCCGAUUUUACAAGUCCGGUGACUUGUGUUAUUACAACCCGGAUGGUACUAUCGAGUUUUCAACUCGUAAGGAUACGCAAAUCAAGAUUCGCGGUCUUCGUGUUGAAUUGGGUGAAAUCGAGCACCACUUGCAGCUUGCCCUUGAUGACAUUCGUCAGGUUGCGGUUGACGUGUUCAAGGGUGAUAACGGCUCUAACCUUGUUGCCUACUUCUGCUUUAACGAAGAAAGCAAGACGGCUGAUGCUCGUGUUGUGGGAGAUGAGAAUGGGCCUUUCAUGUCGAUUGAUGAAGACCUUCAAGCCCGACUCAUUGCUGCCUCUGGUGAAUUGAGGGUUGUUCUCCCAUCCUACAUGGUGCCGACCUUCUUCAUUCCUUGUAGCUAUAUGCCCACCAGCACCUCGACCAAGCUUGACCGCAAGGCGCUGAAGCAGUAUACCGCUGCGCUAUCUGUUGACGAGUUAUCUAAAUACUCGCUUAUUGAUGGCAAAAAGAGGGCCCCUGAGACUCCUAUGGAAGAACAGCUACAGCAGAUCUGGGCUGAGAUUUUGAACAUUCCUAUGGAGUCAGUGGGACGUGACGAUAGCUUCCUUGGCCUCGGCGGUGACUCUAUUACAGCUAUCCACUUGGUCAAUGUCAUGCGGGCAGAGGGUAUCUCUUUGACCGUCAAGGACAUCUUUGACGACCCUCGCUUGUUGUCUGUCGCAAGUAAGGCUAUUGCCAGCGAGGAAGUUGUUGAGUUCGAAGAGCUUGAACCAUUCAGCCUUCUGGAGAAGAAUGUCCGCCAUGCUGUUCUCUCAGAGGAUCUUCGACAGGAACUCAAGCUCACUGAGACCCAACAAAUUGAGGAUGCUUAUCCAUGCAGCAAGCUCCAGGAGGGUCUGAUGGUCCUCUCAGUGAAGCAGCCUGGAUCAUACGUCGCCAAGUACACCUAUCGUCUUCCUGCCCAUGUUGACCUUGAGCAAUUCAAAGAGGCGUGGAAGUACACUUCGUCGGCUAUUGAAGCGCUCCGUACUCGUCUUGUCAUGAUCGACGGCUCUUGCGUCCAGGUCGUGAUCAACGACGAGCUACCCUGGGAAACCGCAAAGACUGAUGAUGUUCGAUCUGCAAUCGCAUCGGCUCAGUCUCUCAGGAUGACAUACGGCUCACCUCUGUCUCGCUAUACGAUUCUCGAGGAUCAGGACGGUAGCAACUAUUUUAUGUGGGCUAUCCACCACUCAGUCCAUGAUGGUUGGUCGAUGAGAAUCAUCCUUGAGACCUUGAGGCGAGAGUAUGAGGGUCGAGCAUCCGCACCUGUGAUGCCGUACAAUGGCUUCAUUCGCUAUACCCUUGGCCUCGACCAGGAGGCUGCUGCUGCUUAUUGGAGCAGCCAGCUGGACAACGCCAAGCGGGCCAGUUUCCCUGCCGCUGCCAUUACCACUGGCGAUACGAAGCAUAUCACGCGAAUGAUGACGAAGUCCAUUCCUUUCCCUGCUUCUAUGAACCCGGCCAUCACAAAGGCUACAGUUUUGCGAGCUGCCUGGGCCAUCAUCCUAGCUCGUUACUGUGAUACUGACGAUGUCACCUUUGGAUCUACUAUUUCUGGUAGGCAGGCCGCUGUUCCAGGCCUAACCGAGAUGGCCGGUCCAGCUGUUGCUACUGUUCCCGUCCGUAUCCGUCUCGACCACCAGCAGCGUGUGUCGAAAUUCCUCCAGGGUGUCCAGAGCCAGGCUUCUGAGAUGAUUCCUUUCGAACAGUUUGGUCUCCAAAGCAUCUCGAGGCUCGGUGCCGAUGCAAGGGAUGCCUGCGAUUUCACCUCCUUGAUGCUAGUCCAACCGAUGCAGCAUCUCGCUGGCGAGGAUAUCGACGCUAUCCUGGUGCCCGCUCUGGAACAAGAAACGCAGGAAGAUCAGCUGCAGAACUACUUUUCUUACCCUCUUGUUCUGCAGGGACAUAUCUAUGAUGACCGAGUUGAGCUCGUCUUGAUUUACGACUCUGUCGUCCUUCCGGAAUCACAGCUUGUCGCGCUGUCACAUCAAUUCAAUGGGGUUGUCCAGCAGCUUCUCAGCGGCAAGGAUAGCAAGCUUGGUGAGAUUUCAGUGGCGAGCCCCUGGGAUCUCGAUCUUGCACAGGCUUCAAACGGCGACGGCCCUGAAAUCGUUGAUGAUUGUGCCCAUCUUAUUAUCGAGCGCCAAACGAAGCACACCCCUCACGCCCAUGCUGUUCACGCUUGGGACGGCUCACUUACUUACAGUGAACUUGAUCUUGCUGCCAAUAGGCUCGCCAACUUCUUGAUCCAGCGUCACGGUGUCAAGGUCGGUGAUGUCGUCCACGUGUGCUUCGAGAAGUCCCUUUGGUAUGUCGUUUCGGUCCUCGCGAUCAACAAGGCUGGCGCUGCUUGGGUGCCAAUGGAUCCGGCACAUCCGUUCCAACGCCUUCAACAAGUUGCCAGCCAAACUGUUGCAAACCUUGCGCUAUCGUCUUCUAUCCACGGACCCUUGUGCUCCAAGCUUCUGGACACAGUUGUGGAGGUGUCCUCGGCCCUGGAUGAGCAGUUGAAGGGUGACGAGGCCAUUAGUGAUGUCAAGCCUGCCACCAAGGUUACCCCUAACGAUGCCGUCUACCUGCUCUUCACUUCUGGCAGUACCGGCGUUCCUAAGGGUAUCAUUAUGGAACAUGCCUCUCUUUGCACGAGCCAACGUGAUAUUGCAAAGCGGCUCGGUCUGACUAGCAGCGUCAGAAUGCUUCAAUUUUCGUCCUUUGUCUUUGAUGUUUCCGUGGGAGAAAUCAUGCUUUCCCUUAUGCAUGGUGGUUGCGUUUGCAUACCGUCUGACCACGAUCGGCUCAACAAUUUGGACGGAUUUAUUCGAGACGCCCAGGUGACUUGGGCCUUCCUGACACCAUCCUUUGCACGCACACUCCGCCCUCAAGACGUUCCCACCCUUGAGCUCAUUGUCCUUGCUGGCGAGCCCGUUAGCCAGGACGUCUUUGACCUCUGGUUCGGCAAGGCCAGGCUGGUAAACGGUUGGGGACCGGCUGAGACUUGCGUUCUGAGUGCUAUCCACGAAUGGAAAUCUGCAGACGAGUCGCCGUUGACAAUCGGACGCUCAGUGGGAAGCUCUGCCUGGAUUGUCGACACAGAGAAUCCUCAACGUCUAGCCCCGGUUGGAUGUAUCGGAGAGAUUGUUAUGCAGGGGCCUACGCUCCUUCGCGAGUACUUGGCUGACCCAGUCAAGACGGCUUCAUCGACUCUGACCUCUUUGCCAAAUUGGGCACCGCGCGCUAAUGACAAGAAAUGGGGUCGUUUCUAUAAGACUGGUGACUUGGGCUUCUAUAACCCUGACGGAACAAUCCACUACUCUGGCCGCAAGGAUACCCAGGUUAAAAUUCGUGGUCUCCGUGUUGAACUCGGAGAGGUUGAGCAUCACAUUCGCAAUGCUCUUGAGUCCAUCCGACAGGUCGCUGUUGACGUGUUCCGAACGGAUACUGGAACUAAUCUCGUCUCAUACAUCUGCUUUAGCAGUGAGACGAAGACUCCCGGACCGAACACCGACCCUAAUGGCGACGACGUUUUCCUUUACAUGACUCGGAGUGUUCAGAGUGAUUUGAACGUUGUCAUCAGCAAGCUCAACGCCCUGCUGCCCAGCUAUAUGAUUCCGACUUACUUCAUUCCCUGUGACUACAUGCCACUGAUUUCCUCCGGCAAGUUGGAUAGGGUCAAGCUUCGCAAGCAGAUGGCCGCGUUGACUCAGGAGGAACUGGAGGCUUAUUCACUGACCGAUGCCGAUAAGCGCGCUCCGGACACAGCCAUGGAAGUUCGGUUGCAAAGCAUGUGGGCUGAAAUCCUAAACAUUCCCGCCCAGACUAUUGGCAAAGAUGAUAGCUUCCUCCGGAUUGGUGGUGAUUCAAUUGCUGCUAUCAGAUUGGUCUCGAUGGCUCGCGAGCGCGGCAUUACUCUCACGGUGAAUGGCAUUUUCGAAGACCCCCGCUUGUCGUCUAUGGCUGCUACCGCCGGGUCCGCUGAUGGCGAUGACGAGCUGUUGGCUCCUGUUCCUGCUUUCUCCCUCCUUGACGACGGUAUUCGAGAUGUGAUUCAGUCUCCCAGCAUCUAUCAGGAGUUAGGUCUGAAUGUCACACAGCGAAUCGAAGACGCCUAUCCUACCACCAAGCUCCAAGAAGGUCUCAUGGCCUUGUCUGCCAAGCAGCCCGGGUCGUACAUCGCCAAGUUCCUGUACCGUCUUCCCAAGCACAUUGAAGUCGCUCGCUUCAAGGAUGCCUGGAGGCGCACAGUUGAUGCCUGCACUAACCUUCGCACCCGGAUAAUUCUGACCGAGGGGGGACACAGCACGCAGCUUGUUAUAAGCCACGACUUCGAGUGGGACUCCGUCGAGAACGAAGACCUUCAUUCGUAUCUCCAGCUGGCGCAAGGCAUGGAAAUGGGAUACGGCUCGCAGCUUUCUCGAUAUGCUCUCAUUGAGCACUCGGAUGGCGAGACGUAUUUCAUGUGGAGCGUUCAUCAUGCUGUUUUUGACGGUCUGUCUACUCAGAACGUGCUGAACAUUCUUGAGAGGGCCUACCAGGGCACCGAUGUCCUUGAAACGCCAUCGUAUGCCCGUUUCAUCAAGUAUACCCUUGGACUUGAUGCAGACGCUGCAGCAACCUAUUGGAGAGAACAGCUACAGAGCUCUCGCAAAGCCACUUUCCCUGCGUCAAGCGAAGUAUCCAACAAGCCCGGCGCCACUCGUGUUCUUGAACGAUCUAUCGAGCUGCCCAAGAUGGCUUCAUCAGGCAUUACUCUUGCCACCGUUGUUCGCUCUGCUUGGGCCAUGGUCCUCGCACGCUACAGCGAUACGGAAGAUGUCACCUUUGGCACGAGCAUCUCAGGGCGUCAGGCCCCAGUGCCCGAACUGAUGGACAUGGUUGGACCUAUCAUUGCAACUGUUCCUGUCAGGGUUCGGGUAGACCAGAUACAGCUGGCUACUGAUUUCCUUCAAGCUGUUCAAAAGCAGACGCUCGAAAUGAUUCCCUACGAACAGUUUGGUCUACAAAGCAUAGCGAAGGUCAGCGAAGACGCCAAAGAAGCUUGUGACUUCACUUCGCUGUUGGUGAUUCAACCUAUGCAGCACGUUUCGGACUCUGAGACCGCCAAAUCUGUGCUUGUACACGCGGAUGGGGCGCUAAAGGAGGAGGCCGAAUCGAUGCAAAACUACUUCUCGUACCCCCUUAUUGUCCAGGCCCAUCUGUAUGAGGACCGCAUCAACAUUGUUCUCAUUUACGACUCAACCAUCCUGGCCGAGACUCAAUUGGAAGCCCUCUCUCAACAGCUUGGCCACGUUAUGUUCCAGCUUGCGACAGCCACUGACGAGAAGUCAUUGGGCUCGGUGUCCAUCUCUUCCGAUUGGGAUCUGGAGCGUGCCGUUUCUUACAACAGCGACAUUCCUGAAAUCGUUGAUGCUUGUGUGCAUGACCUUGUUGCACGCCAGGCAGAGCUUCGACCUGAGGCCGUCGCCAUUUCUGCGUGGGACGCUGAGCUUACAUACAGCCGGCUUGACCUCGCUGCCAACAGAGUGGCGAAUCACCUCAUCGCGGCCUACGGGGUCAAGCCCAAUGACUUCAUUCACGUGUGCUUUGAGAAGUCAGCUUGGCACUUUGUGGCUAUUCUGGCCAUCAAUAAGGCCGGAGCAGCAUGGGUACCUCUUGACCCGUCUCAUCCAGAGCAGCGUCUCCGCCAAGUGAUUAGCCAGACGGGCGCCAAGCUGGUCUUGACGUCUCCAAGCAAUUCGACGCUUUGCUCUGGGCUACUCGAGAACGUUCUUGAGGUCACAUCAGCCUUGGAGCAAAGGCUGGCUGAGACAGGAUCUUCCAAGGCUCCCAAAGUCUCUGUAACGCCUGAACAUGCUGUCUAUGCUCUGUUUACGUCCGGAUCAACUGGUACCCCUAAGGGCCUUGUUAUGCAACAUGGGGCUGUUUGCACCUCGCAGACGGCUAUUGCCAAACGGUUAGGGUUGUCGUCAGACAUUCGACAACUCCAAUUCGCCGCGUUCGUUUUCGACCUCUCAAUUGGUGAAAUAAUUGCGCCAUUGAUCAGCGGUGCUUGCGUUUGUGUGCCUUCGGAAGACAUCCGGAUGAACAGCAUUACAGAGUACAUUCGUGACCAGCGCAUCAACUGGGCAUUUUUGACACCUUCCUAUGUCCGCACCCUACGGCCGAAGGAUGUGCCUGGCCUGGAGCUGCUUCUUCUCGCUGGUGAAGCUGUGCCUAAGGAGAUACUGAAUACGUGGUUUGGCAAAUUGCGCCUUGUCAAUGGCUGGGGCCCGGCUGAGACCUGUGUCUUCAGUACCCUACACGAAUGGAAGUCCGUCGACGAGAGUCCUCUGAAUGUGGGCAAGCCAGUUGGAGGCUUCUGCUGGGUUGUAGACCCUGAGAACCCCCAUAAGCUAGCCCCUGUUGGCACUUUGGGCGAGGUUGUCAUCCAAGGUCCGACUUUGCUUCGCGAGUAUCUGGCCGACCCGGAACGUACUGCGGCUUCCUCAGCUGUAGCCCCUGAGUGGGCACCGCAGCCCGACUCCAAGCAUUGGGGACGCCUCUACAAAUCUGGUGAUCUCUGCUCCUAUAACCCUGAUGGGACCAUCGAGUUUUCGUCUAGAAAGGACACACAGAUCAAAAUCCGUGGUCUUCGUGUGGAGUUGGGUGAGGUGGAAUACCACAUCCAAACUGCACUGCGUGGCGUGCGCCAAAUUGCUGUCGACGUUUACAAGGGCGAAAGGGGAACAAACCUCGUGGCUUAUCUGUGCUUUACAGAUGAGACCCGAGUCGCUUCUGCUGAUCGCGACAGCGGCAACCCAUUCAUGCCCAUUGAUAAGAAGCUUCAGAGCCAACUGAAUGCUCUGGUCGGCGAACUGGGAGUCACGCUGCCGAGGUACAUGAUUCCCACUCUUUACAUACCCUGCAGCUUUAUGCCGUCGAUUACGUCUACCAAGUUGGAUCGUAAUGAGUUGCGCCGCCGUACUGCCAGCCUCACCCGCGAUGAACUAUCCGAGUAUUCCCUGCUGGGUGGCAGCAAGAGGGCUCCGGAAACCGACAUGGAGCGCAAGCUGCAACAGAUUUGGUCUGGCAUCUUGGGUCUCUCGCCGCAGGCAGUUAGCCGGGACGACAGCUUCCUUGGUCUCGGAGGUGACUCAAUUACAGCCAUCCAGCUUGUUGGUGUUUGUCGCGAUCAGGGCAUUUCUCUAUCGGUCAAAGAUAUCUUCAACGACCCCCGGCUUAUCGCAGUGGCACAGGCCGCACAGUCACUAGUCUCUGUUGAUGACACCGUUAUUGAGCGAUUCGGCCUGUUGGAUAACGAGCAGCGUCGUCUUGCUACCAGUGAAAACGCCAGGGCUCAAUGCCGUCUUGGUACGGAAGCCAUAAUUGAGGACGCUUAUCCUUGCACAAAGUUCCAAGAAGGCCUUAUGGCUCUCUCCAUCAAGUCUCCUGGCUCAUAUGUUGCCAAAUAUGCCUAUCGACUGGCCGACAAUGUGGACAUCGAGCAGUUCAAAUCAAGCUGGAAGCAGACCGUUUCUCUCUGCCCUAUCCUACGCACACGUAUCGUGCUUCUUGGUGACCGCUGCGUCCAGUUGGUCGUCAAGGAGGACGCUGAGAUCAAGACCUCAGCCGCUUCUAGCUUCGAGUCAGCCAUGCUUGGAGCUCGCAAUGUGCAGAUGACAUACGGUACUCCGCUGUCGGAGUACACUCUGUUUCAGGGAGAAGAUGGCUUCUACUUUAUCUGGGUUGUUCACCACACUGUUCACGAUGGAUGGACUAUGCGUCUGGUGCUAGAGACACUGCAAAAUCUCCACCAGGGCUCAAGCAGCGGCUCGUUGAAGCCGUAUUCAACCUUCAUCAAGUAUGCGAUGGACGUUGUUCAAGACCCGGCUGUCGAGACGUACUGGUCUCAGCAGCUUGAUGGUGCAGUCCAGGCCUCUUAUCCCCCUCGCCCUAGGUCUGACAAGCAGCACAAGGCGGUUACUAGCAUGAUGACCAAGACGAUCCAAGUGCCGAACAGCACUCAGUCUUCGAUCACCAUGGCAACUCUUCUGCGUGCCACCUGGGCUAUCAUCCUGGCUCGUUAUUCCAAUACCGACGAUAUCUGCUUUGCCACGACGGUGUCCGGCCGCCAGGCCUCUGUUCCAAGCAUUUUGGAAAUAGCCGGGCCCAUCGUUGCGACUAUUCCAGUGCGCUUACAACUCAACAGCCGGCAAACCGUGUUGGAAUUCCUGAAGAAUGUGCAGUCUCAAGCCACGCAGAUGAUUCCCUAUGAACAGUUUGGGUUGCAGAACAUCUCCAAGAUCUCUGAAAACAUCAAAGAUGCAAUUGACUUUUCGAGUCUUUUGAUUAUCCAGCCUCGAUCACACUUGGAUUCUAGCAACGGUGAUGGUAGCAAUGAGAACAUUCUUAUUCCUACCGUUGAGGACGAUGAAGCUGUAGCAGAUCUCCUACAAGAUUAUUUCACGUAUCCUUUGGUCAUUCAAGGCAAUCUGUUGGAGGACCAAAUUGACUUGCUCCUUACUUACGACAGCACUGUCCUGUCCGAAGUCGAGCUCAGCCGACUGGCGCUUCAAUUUGAGCACGUUGCUAAGCAACUUCUCGAGUCCGAUCAUAUCAAGCUUGGAGAUCUCUCUUUGGCGAGCCCACAAGACGUGCAACAGGCUAUUGCAUGGAACACAGAAGACCCCGAGAUCGUUGAGGACUGCAUUCACAAGCUGGUCGAACGACAAGCCCUCGCCACCCCAGAGGCCAUUGCCGUUGACUCUUGGGAUGGAAAGCUGACAUACGCCCAGCUGGACCAGGCUGCGACUCGCCUAUCCCACCACCUGAUCAAGACAUACGAUGUUGCUUCCGGUGAUCUCGUCCUUCUCUUGUUCGAAAAAUCGUUGUGGUACAUCAUCUCAAUGAUUGCUGUCAACAAAGCUGGAGCGACUUGGGUUCCCCUUGACCCUUCGCAUCCUAUGCAGCGUCUGCAGCAAGUCACAAGACAGACGAACGCGAAGGUAAUUCUCACAUCGUCUUUGCAUUUUGAGCUGGGUGAGGAGUUGUUGGACACUGUUGUUGAAAUCAGCCAAGACUUGGACGAUGCCCUCACCACAGCAGGACACACUCUCAGUGCUCCAGAUGUCAUGGUUUCGCCCCAAGACAGUGCAUAUGUCCUAUUUACUUCUGGCAGCACUGGAGUGCCAAAGGGACUCGUGAUGAGCCACGAAUCUGUCUGUACCAGUCAAACUGCUAUCGCUAGUCGCCUUGGCCUGCACAGCGGUGUCCGAAUGCUCCAGUUCUCUGCCUUCGUCUUCGACGUCUCUAUUGGCGAGAUUUAUGGCUCAUUAAUCCGCGGUGCCUGUGUCGUUGUACCAUCUGAGGACAUUCGCAUGGGUGACUUGACCGGAUUCAUGCAAGAGAAAGAGGUAACUUGGGCCUGUUUCACGCCUUCGUUCGUUCAGACUCUUCACCCUGCCGACUUCCCGACUCUGGAGCUGGUCAUCCUAGCUGGUGAACCUUCCAAGAGGCAAAUCCUAGAGGACUGGGUCGGCAAGGUCAAGCUGAUCAAUGGCUGGGGUCCCGCGGAAACCUGUGUGUUUAGCAGUAUGCACGAGUGGAAAUCGACUACAGACAGCCCCAUUACGAUUGGCAAGCCUGUAGCCGCUUUUGCCUGGAUUGUUGAUCCGGACAACCAUCACCGCCUUGCUCCCAUUGGUACUAUUGGCGAGGUUGUACUCCAGGGUCCGACUCUCCUGCGCGGAUACCUCGAUGACCCUGUGAAGACGGAGGCCAGUAUCCUCAAGUCAAUCCCAAGCUGGGCUCCGCGCCGCGAAUCACAGCACUGGAACCGGUUCUAUCUGACCGGCGAUCUGUGCAGCUUCAAUCCUGACGGAACACUUGAGUACCAUGGCCGUAAGGACACACAAGUCAAGAUCCGUGGCCUUCGUGUGGAAUUGGAUGGGGUUGAGCACCAUAUUCGCAGCCUGUUAACUUGCAUUGCUCAUGUCGCUGUGGACGUUCACAAAUCCGAGGCUGGCUCGAGUUUGGUUGCAUACCUUGCGUGCGCUGACCAGCCUGACGAUGCUUCUGAUGAGUUAUUCAUGCCUCUCACCGAUGACCUGCAAAAGGCUCUCAACGCUCUGUCGAAUCAACUUAGCGUCUUGUUGCCUCGAUAUAUGGUCCCAACUCUGUAUAUUCCGUGCUCUCAUAUGCCUUUCCUGUCAUCAGGAAAGACUGAUAAGGGCCUGCUUCGCAGACUCACUUCCGAAUUGAGCCAGGAGCAGCUUGAGGCCUAUGGGCUGGACGACACCCACAAGGAGGCUGCUGAAACAGAGGCUGAGUUGCUUCUUCGAGAUAUCUGGGCCAAUAUUCUGGGUCUUUCGGCUCAGUCAAUCGGUCGCCACGAUAGCUUCUUGCGUAUUGGAGGCGAUUCCAUUGCAGCCAUCCAGCUAGUCACUGCAGCGAGAGAGGCCGGCAUCAUCUUCUCAGUGAAGGAUGUCUUUGAUGACUCCCGACUCUGGAAACUGGCGGAGCUUGCUUCAUACACGAUGGAGUCGGAAAAAGCGGCGGAGGUUAUUUCACCGUUCAGUAUGCUUGGUGCUUCCCUUGACCAGACAGCUGUCACUGCUAUCCUCCAAGAACAAUAUGGCCUACCCGGCAGUGUCAUCGUGGAAGAUGCAUACCCCUCUACGAAGCUUCAAGAGGGUCUUAUGGCCAUCUCUGCCAAGCAGCCCGGUACGUAUGUUGCCAAGCAGGUCUACGGCCUGCCUGAGCACGUUGACCUUGAUGCCUUUAAGGCAGCGUGGGAGCGUACAGUUGAGCUUUGCAUCAACUUGAGAACACGUCUCAUUAUCGCUGGCGAUUCCAGUGUGCAGGUGGUUAUCCAGAAUGAAGAGGUCGAGUGGGAGGUUUGCAAUACAACCGUGCAAGCCUACCUCUCUCAGGAGUUUAGCAUGGGAUACGGUUCACGAUUGUUCUGCAAUGCAAUCGUGCAUGAGCCCUCCGGUCAGAACUUCUUUGUCUUGAGCAUCCACCAUGCUAUCUUUGAUGGUUGGACGCUCCCUAUGCUCAUGGAAACGCUGGAUUCAGCUUAUCGCGGCGUCGAAGCUCCCGCUCUCCGUCCUUAUGCUGAAUUUGUCAAGUACAUCAUGGAUAUUGAUGAGGCAGCCGCGUCUGACUACUGGCGAGGCCAACUUCAAGAUGCCAAGCGAGCCUCUUUCCCGCCAUCAGCCUCAGUUCAAUCCGCUCAGUCGGUUACUCGGGUUCUCGAGAAGCCCCUCAACUUCUCUCACUCAACCAAAUCCGGCAUCACCAAGGCAUCCGUGCUUAGGGCUGCCUGGGCGCUCGUAUUGUCCAGAUACUCCGAUAGCGAUGACGUGACUUUUGGUGUCAACGUCUCUGGACGUAAUGCCGCAGUUGCCGGCAUUGAGUUGAUGCCCGGCCUGGUAGUCGCCACUGUCCCGGUCCGUGUGAGACUGGAUCCCGAACAAACGGUCACCGGAUUUGUCGAAGAGAUCCAGUCUCAAUCGACUGAUAUGAUUCCUUACGAACAGUUCGGUCUGCAAGACAUCUCCAAGCUCAGUCCCGAGGCAAAGGAUGCUUGCGACUUCUCGUCCCUCAUGGUUAUUCAGCCCAUGUCGAGCAUCGCCAGCAACAAGUCUAUUCUUGUGGCUCCUCCGGAUGACAAGCAAGCUACUGAAGAGAGCCUACAAAACUACUUCACUUACCCUCUGGUCAUCCAAGCUCAUCUACAUGAUGAUGGCGCUGUCAAUCUGAUGCUGAUCUACGAUGCCAACGUACUCUCGGAGGAUCAGCUGCAAGCACUAUCCAUUCAAUUUGAUCAUGUCGUGCAGCAAUUGCUUGGCCAAGAUGCCGGGGCUAAGCUCAGGGAUGUCACCAUUGCCGGACCAUGGGAUUUGCAGCAGGCUAUGAGUUACAAUGUCAAGGAGCCCGGUAUCGUCAAUGCCUGCGUACAUGAGCUUAUUGCUCAACAAGCGGCCAGAGAUCCCCACCACGAGGCUAUUUACUCGAGCGAAGGCACCGUCACAUAUGCCACCAUGGACCGUCUCUCCAGCCUCUUGGCUCACCAUUUACAUGCCCUUGGAGUAAGGCCUGAGUCCGUGGUCCCGUUCUGUUUCGACAAAUCGGCAUGGGCCAUCAUCGCUAUGCUCGCUAUUCUCAAGGCUGGCGGCGUUUUCUUACCCCUUGACCCCUCACACCCACGCAACCGUCGUGAAGCUCUGGUUCAGGAAGUUGGUGCAGAGGUCAUGAUCGUCUCCCCCUCGUCGUCUGUUACUUGCGAGGGUUUGACACCUACCAUGGUGGAGCUGACAACACAGUUGCUUGAGCAGCUUUCAUCGGUUUACGAUGCCUUCAAACAGAGUCAUCCCAAGCCGAAGCCUAGCAAUGCAGCCUAUGUUCUCUUCACGUCAGGUUCCACCGGCAAGCCCAAAGGUGUCUUGAUGGAGCACUCAGGCUUUGCCACCAGCACCCUGGGACACGGUCGUGUGUAUAACCUUGGCCCAACUUCUCGCGUCUUCCAAUUUUCCAACUACGUCUUUGACGGAAGCUUGGGUGAGAUCUUCACCACUCUUUCGUUCGGCGGCACUGUUUGUGUGCCCUCCGAGACGGAAAGACUCCAGGAAGCGCCCACGUUUAUGCGCAAGGCCCGUGUUAAUACUGCCAUGUUAACGCCUUCCUUCGUUCGGACCUUCACGCCCGACCAAGUCCCGUCGCUGCAGUUGCUCGUUCUCGGCGGCGAAGCCUCUUCAAAGGAUCUCAUUGAGACUUGGUGCGACCGCCUGCGUCUUGUCAACGGCUAUGGACCUGCUGAGGCCUGCAAUUACGCAACCACGCAUGACUUCAAGCCGACUGAUUCACCUCGCACUAUUGGCCGCGGCUUCAACAGUGCCUGCUGGAUUGUUGAGCCAACUGACUACAAUAAGCUAACCCCUAUUGGCUGUGUCGGUGAGUUGAUCAUUCAAGGCAAUGCUCUUGCUCGCGGCUACAUCAACGACCCCAAGCGCACUGCAGACUCGUUCGUCACUGCGGUCAACUGCCUGCCCAAGGACAGUAUCUCCGGCCCUCACAGGUUCUACUUGACCGGUGAUCUUGUUCGGUAUAACUCCAACGGCGAAAUGGAGUACCUUGGUAGGAAAGAUACCCAGGUCAAGCUUCGCGGCCAACGUCUUGAACUGGGAGAGAUUGAGUAUCAAGUCAAGCAGUCUUUGCCUGAGAUUGAGCACGUCGCUGUCGAUGUGGCUCAUCGCGAGACGGGUGAUGCCCUCAUUGCAUUUGUCUCGUUCAAGGACAAGACCUCUUCCGGUUCUGGUGACAUCCUCCAGCUUGAUGACGAGCUACACACUGCCCUGGUCGCCGUCAUGGAGCAUUUGAGGAAUUGUCUUCCUGGCUACAUGGUGCCUAGCACUAUUCUGCCUUUGCGAAAGAUGCCCUUCAUCACUUCGAUGAAAGUCGACCGGAAGAGGUUGAUUGCUAUUGCAGCUGGUUUAUCGUUGGAUGAACUCACCUCUUUCUCCCUGGUCAAGCGUGACUUUGUUCCGCCCACCACACCCAUGGAGAAGAAGCUGGCCGAGCUUUGGGCCCAAGUCCUCAAGAUCAAUGUUGACGGCAUUGGCAAGAAUGACAGCUUCCUUCAAAUUGGCGGUGAUUCCAUCACUUCGAUCCAUCUGGUCACCCUUGCGCAAAGAUCUGGCAUUAGCCUGACGGUGGCCGGCAUCUUCGAUGACUCUAAGCUAUCUUCAAUGGCACUGUCAGCUGGAGAAGGUGAUAUUGAGCCAGUUUACGAGGUUGUGCCAUUUGACAUGGUUCCUGCGCACAAUCUGAGCUCUCUGAUGGAAGAAGUUCGCACCAAGUGUGGGCUGCCCAGUUCUGCCGUUAUCGAGGAUAUCUACCCUGCAACAAGCUUCCAAGAAGGUCUCAUGGCACUGGCCGUUAAGCAACCGGGUUCCUACAUUGCCAAGCAAGUCUAUCAACUUCCAAGUGGUGUUGACGUUGCUCGCUUCAAGGCCGCCUGGGAGACUACUGUGCGAUUGUGCAGCAAUCUCCGUACUCGGAUCGUUCUUGCUGGCGAUGCCUCUGUUCAGGUUGUUUUAGAGGAUGUUGGCAAUUGGGAGGUCACUCCGAAUAUGACGCUCAAGUCGUAUCUUCAGGCUAAUCAGAAGCUUCACAUGGUCUAUGGCUCUGCGCUGAGCCGCCACGCUCUCAUCGAACAAGCUGAUGGCAAGAACUACUUUGUAUGGUCAAUCCAUCACACUGUGUUUGAUGGCUGGACGACUCGCCUGGUACUCAACACCUUGCUCUCUGCAUACAUGGGUGAACAGAUUGUUCCACUUGAGCCCUAUGCCCGCUUCAUCAACUAUGCCGUCAAUCUUGAUACCGACGCUGCUAAGGCUUAUUGGAGUGAGCAACUGUCGGAUGCCAAGCGGGCAUUAUUCCCUGCCGCCUCUAACGAGGUUUCCCGCAAUAAGACAUCCAACACCCGUGUGCUCGAAAAGGCCUUGGAACUGCCACAAGUGAAGCAGACCUCGAUAACCAUGGCCUCUCUCUUGCGUGCCACAUGGUCGAUUGUCCUUGCCAAAUACUGCGAUACAGACGACGUGACCUUCGGCACAACGGUAUCCGGAAGACAAGCCCCGGUAUCAGGCAUCACUGAAAUGGCCGGGCCAGUUGUUGCUACUGUGCCUGUACGCGUUCGACUCGACAGGAAGGCGUCGGUUCCAGAGUUCCUUAAGGGUAUCCAGAAUCAAGCUUCUCAGAUGGUUCCUUUCGAACAAUUUGGCUUGCAAAAUAUUGCCAAGUUGAACAUUGAGGCCAAGGAAGCCUGCGACUUUACAUCGCUCUUGGUCAUCCAACCAAUGAAGAAGCUGCUUGAUACUGGCGACCGCGACUCUAUCCUGGAGCCUGUGACUGAGACUACCCGCGACGAGGAAGAGUUUAUGCAAAACUACUUCUCUUAUCCGCUCGUCAUCCAAGGCCACGUAUAUGAAGAAUCGGUCAAUCUGGUCCUCAUUUACGAUGCUGAUAUCCUGCCUGAGCAACAGCUGCUUUCUCUGGCUCAUCAAUUCGAGCACGUCGCACAGCAACUUGUUGCUGAAGCUAACAGUACUACGACUCUUGAAUCUGUAUCUGUCUCAGGUGCUUGGGAUUUGGAUUUUGCUCUGCAUCAGAACAGCGAGGUGCCCGAGCUCAUCGACUCGUGUUUCCACACCCUUGUCGAGCAACAAGCCGUUACGCGGCCUGAAGCUCCUGCAAUUGAUGGAUGGGAUGCCAAGUUUACGUAUGCCCAACUCAACGAGGCUGCCAACAGAUUGGCAAAUCACCUUGUUGCAGAGUACGAAAUCAAGAACGACGAGCUUAUCCACGUCUGCUUUGAGAAGUCUGCUUGGUUCUUCGUUGCAAUUCUAGCCAUCAACAAGGCUGGCGGAGCUUGGGUUCCCUUGGACCCCUCCCAUCCAGCUCAACGCCAUCAACAGAUUGUCAGCCAGACGAAGGCCCGCCUUGCUCUCGUCUCGGCAUCUCACGUUUCCACCUGUGUCGAUCUUGUAGACGAGGUUCUGGAAGUAUCAUCUACAACUGAUGAGAUUUUCCGCAAGACCGAGUCUUCUCACCGUGGCCCUGCUCGCAAGGUCUCUUCGUCCAACGCUGCGUAUGUGCUCUUUACCUCGGGCUCAACCGGCACUCCCAAGGGCCUUGUCAUGGAGCACGGAAGCGUCUGCACGUCACAAACAGCCAUCGUGAAGCGCCUCAAUAUGACACCUAGUGUCAGGAUCCUCCAAUUCGCGGCGUUUGUGUUCGAUCUGUCAAUAGGUGAAAUCGUCGCACCCCUUAUUACUGGUGCGUGCAUCUGCGUGCCUUCGGAGCAUGACAGGAUGAACGCGCUGCCUGAAUUUGUUCGGCAAAACAACGUCAACUGGGCCUAUCUGACACCGUCAUUCAUUCGAACGCUCAGUCCAAAGGAUGUGCCAAGUCUUGAAUUGGUUCUGCUUGCCGGAGAACCUGUCAGUAGAGACAUCCUGGAUGCUUGGCUUGGCAAGGUUCGUCUGGUCAAUGGAUGGGGACCGGCUGAGACGUGUGUGUUCUCUACUCUUCAUGAGUGGCAAUCCAUUGACAGUGAAUCUCCCCUCACGAUUGGUCGUCCGGUGGGAGGCUUCACUUGGAUUGUUGAUCCCCAGGACCCCCAGAAGCUCGCACCGAUCGGUGUCGUGGGUGAAGUUGUCAUCCAGGGACCAACGAUCCUAAGGGAGUACCUGGAUGAUCCCAUUCGCACUUCAGCCAGCACUGUUUACAACCUUCCAGCUUGGGCUCCUAAUCGUGGAGCAAAGUGGAACAGGUUCUAUAAGUCUGGUGAUCUCUGCUCUUACAAUGCCGACGGAACGAUUGAGUUCGUCAGUCGUAAGGAUACUCAGAUCAAGAUCCGAGGUCUUCGUGUUGAACUAGGCGAAGUCGAACAUCACGUCAAGUCUGCCUUGAACGUCCGACAGGUUGCUGUCGACGUGAUGAGAUCCAGCAAUGGCUCCAACUUGGUGGCAUACUUUUGCUUCAGCGACCAGACGAGGAUGACUGGUACUCGUGGAAUCUCCGAUAACAGUGGACUGUUUGCUCAGAUGGACGAUGAACUGCAAAGUCGUCUUACUGCCGUGAUCGGCCAGUUGAACGUUUCGUUGCCCCGGUAUAUGAUACCGACUUUCUUCAUUCCUUGCCAGCACAUGCCUACCAUUACCUCCUCGAAGCUGGAUAGGAACUACCUCAAGCAACAAACAGCCGCUCUCAGCCAAGAGGAGCUUACCAUGUAUUCUCUUCUGCAAGGUGGGAAGAAGCGCGCACCAGAAACGGCCAUGGAAACCCAACUCCAGUCCAUUUGGUCGCAGAUUCUUUCCAUUCCGUCUGAGAGCAUCGGCCUUGACGAUAGCUUCCUGGGCCUGGGCGGUGACUCAAUCAGCGCUAUCCGCCUCGUCUCUCUGGCCCGUGAGGAGGGCAUUUCUCUUACGGCGCAAGAUAUUUUCGACGACCCACGGCUGUUUGCUGUUGCUGCACGCGCCCAGAAACUUGAUCCGGCUGCGGAAGAGACGCUUGAGAUUGCCCCCUUCUCUCUCCUCAGUGAGAAGUCACAGGAGUUGGUCCAAGCUGAUGAUGUUCGCUCUCAGUGUAACUGGUCUUCUGCAACCAUUGUCGAUGCUUACCCCUGCACUCCCCUGCAAGAGGGUCUCAUGGCCUUGUCCGUGAAGCAACCGGGAUCGUACAUUGCGAAGUAUGUCUAUCGCAUGCCCAGCACCGUGGAUGUUCCUCGGUUCAAGUCAUCCUGGGAACAGACUGUUGCCCUAUGCGACAAUCUUCGAACCCGCAUUGUCCUUGUCGGCGGCAGAGCUACGCAGAUUGUCGUCGAUGAGCCUAUUGUGUGGGACGUCAGCCAUGACUUGAGUGUCUCUCUCUCAGCCAUGAGGUCGAUCAAGAUGACCUAUGGCUCUGCUCUUUCUCAGGUCACCCUGGUGGAACAGGAUAAUGGAGACGUCUUCUUCACGUGGGCAGUCCAUCACGCUGUUUUCGACGGCUGGACAGUUCCUAUCCUGUUCAGUACGCUUCAUGCUCUCUACCAGGGCGUCAAGCCAGUCCGACCUGCUUCAUACGCUCGAUUUAUCAAGUUCACCAUGGGCGUAGACAACGACAACACUGUGCAGUACUGGAAGGAUCAGCUGCAUAACGCAAAGAAAGCCACGUUCCCUCCUGCUUCAGCCCAGUCGAACGCAGUGCAGGUCCUGGAGAAGUCCAUCACCUACUCUCAGAUGCCUGGUUCGUCUAUUACCAGGGCCACGAUCUUGCGGGCGGCAUGGGCUCUCGUACUGGCCCGCUACUCCGAGAGCAACGACGUCACCUUCGGCACCACGAUCUCUGGUCGUCAAGCUCCUGUUGACGGCGUCACCAACAUGGCUGGUCCAGCUGUGGCCACAGUCCCUGUGCGGAUUCGUCUUGAGAAACAGCAGACUGUAUCUGCCUUCUUACAGGGAGUUCAAAGCCAAGCUAUGGAGAUGAUAUCCUAUGAGCAGUACGGUGUGCAAAACAUCUCAAAAGUCAGCCCGGAUGCCAAGGAGGCCUGUGACUUUACCUCCCUGUUGGUCGUCCAGCCAAUUGAGCAAUUGGCAUACCACGGAGAUGACACUCUUCUGACCGCUGCUGGGCCAGAUGUUACUGGCGAGACGGAAAUGAUGCAGAAUUAUUUCUCGUAUCCUCUCAUUAUUCAAGGUCAUCUCUAUGAGGAUCGCAUCAACCUGAUGCUUAUCUAUGAUUCUCAGGUCAUUUCCAAGAGCAAGAUGGACGCCUUGUCCCACCACUUUGACGCCGCCGUCCAACAGCUUACCGGCAAUGGCGACGUUCUUCUGGGUAGCAUAUCUCUUGCCAGUGUCUGGGACAUGGAGCGGGCUAUUGAAUUCAACAGUGGCUCAUCUGAUGCUGUUGAACGCUGUUUCCACGAAAUGGUUGACGAAGUCGCUUUAGUACGAGGCGACGCUCUGGCUAUUUCUGGCUGGGAUAAGUCUUUUACCUACAAGGAAAUGGCUGAGGCAACCAACCGUCUUGCUAACCAUCUCGUGAAUGACUAUGGAGUCAAGGUGGGAGAUGUCGUUCAUGUAUGCUUCGAAAAGUCAGCUUGGUUCAUCAUCGCCACACUGGCUAUUAACAAGGCUGGUGCAGCCUGGUCAACCCUCGACACCUCUCACCCAAUCGAGCGUUACCAGAAGAUUGUCAGUCAGACUGAAUCCAAAUUGGCGCUGGCUUCGGCUGUCAACUCCCACAGAUGUGCUGGUCUGUUGCCACACGUUAUCGAGGUUACUUCUGAGCUUGAUGCUAGACUUGCCCAGAAUGCUUCUUGGAGCACCCGCGGACCGGCUGUUACGAUUUCCCCCAGUGAUGCGGCCUACAUCCUGUUCACCUCUGGAUCCACUGGCGUUCCGAAGGGUGUGGUCAUCGAGCACGCUUCGCUUUGCACUAGUCAAACCUCUCUGUCACAAUCCCUUGGAUUUCACGAGGGGUUCAAGGUUCUGCAAUUCUCCUCUUACUCGUUCGAUGCCGCCCUUUUUGAGAUUGGUUCUACCUUCUUAACAGGCGCUUGCCUGUACGUGCCCUCGUGGGACGAACAGAUGAAUGAGUUGGUGGGCUAUAUUCGCAAGCACGGGAUUACCAGUACACUCUUGACCCCGACACUGGCUCGAACAAUCCGCCCUGAAGAUGUCCCUUCUCUGGACGUGCUGUUGGUGGGUGGAGAAGCUCCUACCAGGGAUAUCCUCGACAUUUGGUUCGGUAAACUGCGUCUCACCAACGCCUGGGGUCCGACCGAGUGCUGUGUUAUUGGGUGUAUCCAUCAGUGGACUUCGGUUGAGGAGUCUCCCAAGGUCAUUGGUCGACCAAUUGGUGGUUCUUGCUGGAUUGUUGAUCCAGAUGAUGCCACUCGCAUGGCCCCUGUGGGAACGGUUGGAGAGAUUGUAGUACAAGGCCGGAACGUGUUCCGUGAAUAUCUCUCUGAUCCUGUCAAGACAGCUGCUGCUACAAUUACAGGCCUUCCUGAGUGGGUUCCGAAGCGUGAAUCCGCUCACUUGGAUCGCUUCUAUCUCACUGGAGAUCUGGGCUUCAUCAACGAAGCGGGCAACAUCGAGUACUGCACUCGCAAGGACACUCAAGUCAAGAUUCGAGGACAGCGACUCGAGCUUGGAGAGAUUGAACACCAUAUUCAAGCUAACCUUGAAGGUGUUCGACAGGUCGCCGUGGAUGUCAUAAAAUCUGAUGCUGGUUCCACGCUUGUUGCUUUCGUUAGCUUUUCUGAUGCCACGGAACCAACAGACCCUGAUGCAUCAGUCUUCUUGCCCCUUUCUGCUGAUCUUCAAGCAACAAUUACCAGCUUGGUCGGAACGCUGGGCACUUUGAUGCCUCGAUACAUGGUGCCGAGUGCUUUCAUUCCGUGCGCUUAUAUGCCACUUUCAACAUCCACCAAGUUGGAUCGCAAGAGGUUGAAGGAGCUCGCCGCCUCCCUGAGCCAGGAUGAAAUGGCCCUUUACUCGCUCGCCAAUGAAGAAAAGGCUGCUCCUCAGACUGCUAUGGAAAGUCGAAUCCAGGCAAUCUGGUCACAGGUCUUGAAUGUCAACAUCGAAUCCAUUGGACGCGACGAUUCGUUCCUCCAGAUUGGCGGUGACUCUAUCCUCGCAAUUCAACUCGUUUCUAUCGCUCGGGAUGCCAAAGUCAAGAUUACCGUCGGAGAUAUCUUUGAUGAUCCCAGAUUGCUCGCUGUCGCUGCGAAGGCUACUGAUCUUGACGAAAACGGCGACAUCGUUCCCGUUAUCGAGCCUUUCGGCCUUCUGGACGAGCCCCUGAAGGACCUGGUCCUCAGCAAGCGUAUCCAAGAGAACUACAACCUUCCAGCUGAUCGAGAGAUUGAAGAUGCCUAUCCAUGCACAAAGCUUCAGGAGGGUCUCAUGGCUCUCGCUGUCAAACAGCCCGGCUCUUACAUCGCCAAGUUUCUCUACCGCCUUUCCCGCAAUGUCGACAUCUCACAUUUCAAGGCUUCCUGGGAAGAAACUGUUCGCCUCCUGCCUAACCUGCGUACCAGGAUCUUUACUGCUGGCAACAUGUCUGUCCAGGCCAUCUUCAAGGACGAUGUCUUCUGGCAGCCAACAGAAGGAGCAUCUCUGCGGACUUACAUGGGUUCGGCUCAGAAUUUUGAGAUGACUUAUGGUUCGCCGCUGGCUCGAUAUGCCCUCAUUGAGGAAGAUGGAAACACUUACUUCGUCCUGUCGAUGCAUCACGCCGUCUUUGACGGUUGGGGUAUCAGGGUUCUGAUGGAAGCUUUUCACUCUGUUUUCCGCAGCCAAGUUCCUGUGGUUGAACCCUACGUACGAUUUGUGCAGUACACGAUGGACAUCAACAACGAGGUUGCUUCGGACUACUGGCGAUCUCAGUUCUACGGUGCAAGACAAACCAUCUUCCCGCCGAAUGCAUCAUCUGCACUAGAGAGGAAGAAGAACAACACUCGAAUGGUUGAAAAGAAGAUUGAGCUACCUAGCAUGAGCAAGUCGUCAAUCACGAAGGCAACCCUACUCCGAGCCGCUUGGGCUAUUGUCCUGGCCAGGUAUUGCGACUCUGAUGAUGUUACUUUCGGCAUCACCAUCUCCGGCCGGCAGGCGCCUGUACAUGGGCUCAUUAACAUGACCGGACCUGCUAUUGCUACAGUCCCCGUCCGUGUGACCAUGGACCGCAAGACGGCUGCCAAGGACUACCUCCAAGCCAUUCAGAGCCAAGCAAACGACAUGGUUCCCUUUGAGCAAUACGGCUUGCAAAACAUCUCUCGCCUCAGUGCUGAGGCUAAGGAUGCCUGCGACUUUGGCAGUUUGCUUGUCAUCCAGCCAAUUCAGUCACUCGCCUACGUCGACGAAAGCGCCGACACUGUCUUUGUCCCGCUCGAUGUGGAAAAGGAAGUUACCGAUACCGUUCAGAAUUAUUUCAGCUAUCCGUUGGUCAUUCAAGGACACAUGCAUGAAGACUUCAUCAACCUUGUUCUCAUCUAUGAGGCAGACGUGUUGGCAGAGAAGCAGAUGGUUGCUUUGUCUCACCAGUUCGAAAAUGUGGUAAAGCAACUCGCAUCCCAACCCAACCUGGAGCUGGGCUCUGUGUCGAUGGCUGGUGACUGGGAUGUUGAAUUCGCCAAGAGACAAAACAGCGAGGUUCCCGAGAUUGUUGAUGCUUGUGUUCAUCAGCUUAUCGAAAAGCAAGCCGCUGCCCAACCAGAUGCCCCUGCUGUCCUGAGCUGGGACCGCGACUUUACCUACAGGGAGCUUAACGAAGCAUCCAACAGGCUUGCUCACCUCCUUGUCAACAAAUACGACGUCAAGCCCAACGAUAUGGUCCACGUUUGCUUUGACAAGUGCGCUUGGCAUUUCGUCGCAAUAACUGCCAUCAACAAGGUCGGUGCUGCUUGGGUUCCCCUUGAUGCCUCGCAUCCUGAAAUGCGACUCCGUCAAAUCGUUUCCAAGACCAAGGCCACUCUCGCUCUUGUGUCUUCGUCGAAUGCAAGCCUAUGCGCUUCUCUUGUUGAAAGGGUCCUGGAAGUCAAUACAGCCCUUGACAACGAGCUUCUAGCAGCAGAAACUGGUGAACAUGGCCCUCUUGUCGACGUCUCCUCGCACAGCGCCGCAUACGUGUUGUUCACGUCAGGUAGCACAGGCGUUCCAAAGGGUUUCGUCAUGGAACACGGCUCUGUCUGUACGUCGCAGGUUGCUAUUGCCAAGAGACUUGGUUUAGGGCCAAACGUUCGAAUACUGCAAUUUGCUGCAUUCGUCUUUGAUCUAUCUAUCGGCGAGAUCAUCGGUCCGCUUAUCUCAGGUGGGUGUAUCUGCGUUCCUUCAGAGCAUACUCGUAUGAAUGGAAUUAUCAAUUUCAUCAACGAGAUGAAGGUCACCUGGGCCUACAUCACACCGUCCUUUGCUCGUACGAUUAGACCGUCUGAGGUGCCUUCCCUCGAGCUCUUGCUACUGGCUGGAGAAGCAGUUCCUCGGGAUGUCUUCGCAGCUUGGUUUGGCAGCACCGUUCGACUUAUUAACGGAUGGGGGCCGGCUGAGACCUGCGUGUUCUCUACUCUUCACGAAUGGAAGUCUGCUGAUGAGAGUCCUCUGACCGUCGGUCGUCCUGUGGGUGGAUUCUGCUGGAUCGCUGACCCUGAGGACCCGAGUCGGCUUGCAGCAACUGGCACGUUGGGUGAGAUUCUCAUCCAAGGGCCUACAAUUUUGCGGGAGUACCUGUCAGACGUUGAGAGAACUGAGGCUGCGGUCAUCAAGUCUCUCCCUGAGUGGGCUCCAUUCCCCAAUGAACCCGGCUGGGAUCGCAUGUAUAAGUCAGGAGAUCUUGGCUUCUACAACCCUGAUGGAACCAUUGAAUUUUCUAGCCGAAAAGAUACGCAGGUCAAGAUUCGUGGCCUGAGGGUUGAGUUAGGCGAAGUUGAACAUCACAUUCAGGUCGCUUUACCCGACAUUCGACAACUCGCCGUUGACGUCUUCCACGGUGAAAACGGUACGAACCUCGUGGCGUUUUUCUCGUUCAGUGACGAAACUCGUCAAGCCCACGAAGCCAGUCCGUCUGGACCUUUCAAGCUGCUCGACGACAGCUUACAGAAUCACCUUACCGGAGUCGUCGGCGAGCUCAGUGUAUCUCUGCCACGAUACAUGGUUCCUACCCUAUUCAUCCCUUGCACGUAUAUGCCGUCCAUCACGUCUACCAAGCUCGACCGAAAUGAACUCAAACGUCGCGCUUCAGCACUUACUCAGGCUCAACUGGCUGUGUAUUCGCUGCAAGGCGGAAAGAAGAGGGCUCCCGAGACGCCGAUGGAGAGCCUGAUCCAGGGUAUUUGGUCGGAGCUUUUGCACGUUGCGACUGAUUCAAUUGGUCGCGAUGACAGCUUUUUGGGUCUGGGUGGUGAUUCAAUCACUGCAAUCCAUUUCGUCAGCGUUGCUCGCGAGAAGGGCAUUCAACUUGUUGUAAAGGACGUUUUCGAUGACCCUCGUCUAUUGGCCGUGUCCAGCAAGGCUAAGGAGAUGGACGCUGAGGCCCGACAAGAAUCACUUGAGGCAUCACCGUUCAGCCUCCUCAGUGCUGAGACUCGAGAGCUUGCUGUCGGGACAAAUGUCAAACAGCAACUCAAGUUGCUCGAAGGCCAGACAAUCGAGGAUGCCUAUCCUUGUACCAAGCUCCAGGAAGGUCUCAUGGCGUUGUCGGUUACCCAGCCGGGAUCCUACAUUGCGAGAUAUGUAUACCGUCUACCCCAACGGGUUGAUAUUGCUCGCUUCAAGUCCGCGUGGGAAAAGACCGUUGCUCUGCGUGAUAUUCUACGAACGCGGAUCAUCAUGAUCAACGGCGCAUGCAUUCAACUGGUCGUCAAGGGCGGCGUCACCUGGGAUCUCAUUGAUUCCGAGGAUUUGGAAGAAGCUGCCCGUGAAACGCACUCUUACACCAUGACAUACGGCUCGCAACUAUCCAAAACCUCCAUAUACGAGUCCAAGUCGGGUGAUAAGUAUUUCCUCUGGACAGUCCAUCACGCCAUCCAUGACGGCUGGUCUGUGCCUGUCAUCUUCAGCACUCUCUACCAAGCUUAUGAAGGUCUGGAAUUGGGAACUCCCAAGUCUUAUUCCGGCUUCAUCCGAUACACUUUGGAGCUUGAUCAGGAGGCUGCUAGUAAAUACUGGAGAACAGAGUUGCAGAAUGCCAAGCGGGCUAGCUUCCCCAAGACUGGGCUUGUGACGAGGUCUACCGACAAUGAGCAGAAGAUUCGAGUCAUGUCCACUUCUCUCAGCUUCCCUACCUCAUCGAACGAAGCAGUCACAAAGGCAAGCGUCCUGAGGGCUGCCUGGGCCGUUGUUCUUGCAAGGUAUUGCGACAGUGAUGACGUCUGCUUCGGUGCUACCAUCUCUGGGAGACAGGCACCUGUGCCUGGUGUCCUGGAAAUGGCUGGCCCGGCAGUUGCAACUGUCCCUGUUCGUGUGAAGCUUGACAAGGACCAAAGUAUUCCCCGGUUCCUGCAAGACAUCCAGAACCAAGCCCAUGAGAUGGUUCCGUAUGAGCAAUACGGUUUACAAAGCAUUGCCAAGCUGGGAACUGAUGCAAGAGACGCCUGUGAUUUUACAUCUCUCUUGCUGAUUCAACCUGUUCAACGCCUUGCUUCAGGUGUCGCAGAUGAAGAGGGUCUCCUGGUUCCUGCUCAGUCAGAAAUCAAGGACAUGGUUCAGAACUACUACAGCUAUCCUCUGGUUAUCCAGGGUCAUGUAUAUGACGACCGUGCUGACCUCGUUUUGAUCUACGACUCAACCGUUGUUCCAGAGCCCCAGAUGACUGCUCUCUCCCACCACUUUGACAAUGUGGUGCAGCAGCUGUUGGCUGUGGACGGCAAGCUGGGCGACAUCUCCGUCGCUGGCUCGUGGGAUCUUGAGCUUGCACAGAAGUCUAAUGGCGACGGCCCUGAAAUCAUCGAGGAUUGCAUUCACUCCAUCAUUGAGAGACAGGUCAAACACAGGCCUAAUGCGCCUGCUGUGGAUGCCUGGGACGGAAGCCUGACCUACAGCCAGCUGGAUCACGCCGCUAAUAGGUUGGCUCAUCUCCUUGUCGACGACUAUGCUGUUCAGGUUGGCGACAUUGUGCACGUUUGUUUUGAAAAGUCCAUGUGGUACAUUGUGGCUAUUCUCGCCAUCAACAAGGCCGGUGCCGCCUGGGCUCCCCUUGAUUCUGCCCAUCCUUUCCAGAGACUGCAGGCUGUGGCUAAGCAAACCGGUGCCACGCUGGCCCUGGCUUCAACUGCCAAUGCCGGACUUUGUGGGCAGCUCGUGAAUCGUGUGAUUGAAGUUUCGGCUGUUCUUGACGAAACGCUCUCAACCAACGAUGUCAAUAGCGAAGAGGGACCUGACGUCCAUGUCACGCCUCUUGACGCUGCCUACAUACUGUUCACAUCUGGUUCCACUGGUACGCCCAAGGGUAUCGUGAUGCAACAUGGAGCGCUUUGCACAAGUCAAACGGACAUCAGUCGAUGGCUGGGCCUUGACCACACCGUCAGGAUGCUGCAGUUCUCGUCGUUUGUGUUUGACGUGUCAGUCGGCGAGAUCAUGGAGCCGUUGAUGAAUGGCGCCUGUGUCUGUGUUCCUUCGGACCACAUGCGUCUCAAUAGUCUCGAUGCCUUCGUCCGCGAUUUCAACGUGACUUGGGCGUAUUUGACUCCGUCAUUCACACGGACCUUGAAGCCGGAAGAUUUCCCUGGCCUCGAGCUUCUGUUGCUUAUUGGCGAAGCUGUCACUCAAGAUGUCCUCGAUACGUGGUUUGGUCUUCCAAACACCCGCUUUGUCAACGCCUGGGGCCCUGCAGAAACGUGCGUUUUCAGUACGCUGUACGACUGGCAGUCCAAUACCGAGUCUCCCCUUACGAUUGGUAGAGCUGUUGGUGCGUACGUGUGGGUUGUGGACGCUGAAAAUCCCCGGCGGCUUGCACCUACGGGCUGCCUGGGCGAAAUCGUUGUCCAGGGCCCUCCGCUCCUCAGGGAAUAUCUCGCUGACCUUACGAAAACGGCGGCUGCUACUGUUACUGAGCUUCCCGAGUGGGCUCCUCGACGAGAGUUGACCAAAUGGAACCGCUUCUACCGGACUGGUGACCUGGGCUUCUACAGUCAUGAUGGUUUGCUUCACUAUGCCAGCCGCAAGGACACACAAGUCAAGAUUCGUGGACUGCGUGUUGAGCUGGGCGAAGUCGAACACCACAUCCGAAGCUCCUUGGAUGGUGUUCGCCAGGUUGCUGUCGACGUUUUCAAGACCGAAAUGGGAGCUAACUUGGUUACCUACUUCUGCCUCACUGACGAUACCAAGACCCCUGGCCCUGAUACUGAUCCUGAGGGCAAAGAUGUGUUUAUGUCAAUCGACAGUGCCCUACGGGCGAAGCUGGGCAACAUGCUGACCCAGUUGGACUCGUCACUGCCAGGAUACAUGAUCCCAACGCUCUUUAUCCCUUGCGACUAUAUGCCGUUGAUCUCGUCUGCCAAGUUGGACCGCGUCAAGCUUCGUCGUCUCACAGCCGAGCUCAGCCAAGAUCAGUUGGAAUCCUAUUCUCUGCUCGAUGCUGAUAAAAGGGCACCUGAGACCGAGAUGGAGAUCCGUCUCCAGAAGCUCUGGGCCCAGAUCCUGAACUUGCCGGAAUCCUCGAUUGGCCGAGACGACAACUUCUUGCGCAUUGGCGGUGACUCUAUUGCUGCUAUUCGUCUCGUUUCAAUGGCCCGCGACGUCGGAAUUAGCCUGACAGUCGACGACGUGUUUAUUGAUGCUCGUCUAAUUUCAGUUGCUUCCAAGGCUGUUGAUGGCGAUGUCUAUAGUGCCAUCAUGGCGCCGAUUGACGCAUUCAGCCUUUUGCCGCCUGGCACUGGGGAAUUUGUUCUCCCCUCAUCUCUGCCUGACGGGCAAUUCAUUGAAGAUGCUUACCCUUGCAGCAAGCUUCAAGAAGGUCUCAUGGCUCUCGCCGUGAAGCAGCCAGGUUCCUACAUCGCCAAGUAUAUCUACAAGCUUCCCGAACAGGUGGAUGUUGUCAAGUUCAAGGCCGCCUGGGAGCGCACAGUCGAGCUGUCCAGCGCCUUGCGCACUCGCAUCAUUCAGCUCGAUGGUCUUUCUAUCCAGAUUGUCAUUAAUGGCGAUAUCGCUUGGGAAGAGACCAACAGUAGCUUGCAGCAAUGCCUUGCUCGGGCUCAGUCUCUUGAGAUGGGCUAUGGUGAUCGUCUUUGUCAGUAUGCACUUAUUCGAGAUGGCAACAGCACAUACUUCAUGUGGAAUGUGCACCAUGCUGUCGUUGAUGGUCUAUCAACUCAAAACAUUCUGGCCACCUUGUUCAAGGUUUACAGCGGCAUCGACGUGUCGCCAAUCCCUCCAUUUGCGCGCUUCAUCAAGUACAUCCUCGGUCUCGAUGAAGAACUCACAGCCAACUACUGGAAGACGCAGCUGUUCAAAGCCCAGAAGGCCGCUUUCCCGCCGUCGAGGGACGUGUCCAAUAGCAAGCCAGAGGCUACCCGAGUGUUAGAGACGUCCUUCGACCUUCCUUCCAGCAUGAAGAACUCAACCAUCACCAUGGCCACAGUUGUUCGAUCUGCCUGGGCCAUCGUCCUCGCGAGAUACUGUGACACUGACGAUGUGACAUUUGGUUCUACUAUCUCGGGUCGACAGGCACCUAUCCCUGACAUUAUGGAAAUGGUUGGCCCGAUCAUCGCCACUGUGCCAGUCCGCGUCCGCAUUGAUCGCCGUCAGCUCGUCUCUGAAUUCCUUGAAGCUGUACAGGAGCAAGCUGUGGAGAUGACUGCCUUUGAACAGUACGGCAUUCAGAAUAUCGCUAAACUGGGUGAGGAUGCACGGGAUGCUUGCGACUUUGGCAGUCUUCUCGUCGUCCAGCCUAUGCAGCAUCUUACUGGCACCAGCAACGAUAGUGCCAUCUUGGUUGAUGCUGAAAUUGGGGACAAUGGUUCUGCUGAUUCCAUCCAGAACUAUUUCUCUUACCCCCUUGUCAUCCAAGCUCAUUUGUACGAUGACCGUGUCAACCUUGUGCUGAUCUACGACUCGAACAUCAUCCCGGAGGCUCAACUGGUGGCUUUAUCCCAUCAGCUUGGUCAUGUUAUGACGCAGUUGACCACCACUGAACCUGUCGCCUUGAAGACGGUUUCAGUCUCUUCGCCUCAUGACGUCCAAACGGCAGUGUCGUUCAACUCCAGGAUGCCUGAGGUCAUUGACGCAUGCAUGCACGAACUUUUCGAGAAGCAGGCCAGUUUGAUUCCACAGGCGCCGGCUAUUGCUGCUUGGGAUGGCAACUUUACAUACGACCAGCUCAACAGAGCGGCUAACAAGUUGGCUCACCAUCUCAUCAACGUUUAUGGCGUCAACCCCAGCGACUUCGUACACGUUUGCUUCGAUAAAUCAGCUUGGUACAUAGUCUCGAUCAUUGCCAUCAACAAAGCCGGCGCCACUUGGGUCCCAUUGGAUCCCCACCACCCAGAGCAACGAUUGCAGUCUAUCAUCAGCCAAACAAAGGCCACUCUCGCUUUGGUUUCGCCGGGCAACGUGGCCCUGCUCUCGUCUUUGAUUGACAAUGUGGUUGCGGUUGAUUCGAGCCUCGAUAGCAUGCUUCCCGAACAAGACGAGGCACAAAGCCCUAGCGUUUCCGUCUCUCCUAGUUCUGCUGCAUACGUGCUGUUUACCUCAGGCUCAACUGGUGCUCCCAAGGGAGUCAUUAUCGAGCACAGGUCGCUAUGCACAAGUCAAACGGACCUUGCCAAGAGGCUGCAAUACCAUGAAAACGUGCGCAUUUUGCAAUUUUCGGCCUUCGUUUUCGAUUUCUCGGUUGGUGAAAUCAUCAUGUCGUUGCUACACGGAGCCUGUGUAUGUGUUCCUUGUGAUCACGUCCGACUGAACAGCAUACCCGACUUCAUCCGCGAUAUGAAAAUCAACUGGCUCUUUCUCACGCCCUCAUUCUUGCGUACCAUAGAUCCAAACGAGGUCCCUAAUGUGGAAUUGGUUCUUGUGGGAGGAGAGGCUCUGCCGCGUGAGGUAUUCGAGACGUGGUAUGGACGCGUCCGUCUGCUGAGCGCUUGGGGUCCUACAGAAGCGUGUGUUAUAAGCGCGGUUCAUGAGUUUGGAUCUGCCGACGACUCACCCUUAACCAUCGGUCGCCCUGUGGGUGGCUUCUGCUGGAUUGUUGAUGCAGAAAACCCACAGCAUCUUGCGCCAACGGGGACCAUCGGUGAGAUCGUCAUCCAAGGACCGACAUUGCUUCGCGAGUAUUUGGACAACCUCGAAAAGACACAAGAGGCGAUGGUCUAUGAGCUACCUGAAUGGGCACCCCGUCCUGAUGAAAGCAACUGGAACAAGUUCUACAAGACGGGCGAUUUGUGCUUCUAUAACGCCGACGGCACAAUCGAGUUUGCUUCUCGUAAGGAUACACAGGUCAAAGUCCGCGGUCUCCGUGUCGAGCUUAGCGAAAUCGAGUACCAUAUUCAGGCCUCGCUGGAAGGAAUCCAUCAAGUUGCUGUGGACGUCGUCAAGACCGACAACGGCUGUAACUUGGUCGCAUAUCUGUGCUUCAACAAUGAGCUUCGGCCACUUCACGAAGCUGAUACCAUUGGGCUAUUCACCCCUGUCGACGUCGAGCUUCAGGACAAGCUUGUUGGUGCAACUGGCGAAUUGAAUGUGAGGCUACCGAGAUAUAUGAUUCCGACGUUCUAUAUCCCCUGCAGCUACAUGCCCUGCGGUAUAACUGGUAAGCUUGACCGAAAGGAGCUCAAGAAGCAGACUGCUGCUCUGAGCCAACCUCAACUGAGCAGCUUCUCGCUGCACGACGUCGACAAGCGUGCCCCCGAGACUCCGAUGGAAAUUGAGCUACAGAGGAUCUGGUCAACUUUGCUGUCUCUCCCGUCCGACUCGAUUGGCCGCGAUGACAGCUUCCUCGGCUUAGGAGGUGACUCGAUUAUGGCCAUCCAUCUUGUCAGCGCAUGCCGCGAAGCUGGUAUCUCGCUUACAGUCAAGGAUGUGUUUGAUGACCCUCGUCUCUCCGCGGUUGCCUCUAAGGCUACCAAUCUUGACUCUCAGGAGCAAGAUGCCCCUGUCGUUCCGUUCAGUUUGCUGUCCGAUCGCCUUCGCGAGAUGGCGCUCAGCGAAGAUGUCCGAUCACAGGUUUCACUGUCUCCCAGGCACUGGGUGGAAGAUGCUUACCCUUGCUCGAAGCUGCAAGAAGGCCUGAUGGCUUUGUCUGUCAAGCAGCGAGGCUCAUAUGUUGCACAGUACGUCUAUAAGCUGUCGGCCAGCAUUGACCUCGGUCGAUUCAAGGCUGCUUGGGAGAAGACCCUCCAGCUCUGUGAGAACCUGCGCACUCGUAUCGUCAUGCUUGAAGGCACCUGCGUUCAACUACUAAUCGAUGGUCCGGCGGAGUGGGAAGACAAGUCCUCAACGGACUUGAAGAGCACUCUUGAUGCUACUGGCGCUGCGAUGACUUACGGUUCCCAUCUUAACCGCUAUGCACUGGUUCAGGAUCCCGAGUUUGGCAACCACUUUAUCUGGUCGUCACACCACGCCGUCCACGAUGGUUGGACCCUUCGGAUUGUGUUGAACACUUUGUACGGCGUGUAUCUGACCCAGGAGGCUCCUCGUCUUCUCCCAUAUUCCGCUUUUAUCCGCUACACGGUCAACAUCGAUACGGAAGAAGCCAACGUCUUCUGGAGCGAGCAGUUGAGGAACGCGAAGCGUGCGACGUACCCCCCGAUGCCCCGUAUUGAAUCCCAUACUGGUAUUACUCGCAUGAUGAACAUGACCAUUUCCUUCCCUCCAUCUGUCAAGACAACCACCACGAAGGCUACCAUUCUCCGCGCUGCCUGGGCCAUUCUCCUGGCCCGUUACUGUGAUACCGACGACAUCACGUUCGGAACCACAAUCUCUGGCCGUCAAGCUCCUGUGCCGGGCCUCACGGAAAUGCCAGGUCCGGUCGUUGCAACGGUCCCCAUUCGUGUUCGCAUUGAUGCCAGCCAGCCAGUGUCUCGCUUCCUGAGCAACAUACAGUCACAAGCUACUGACAUGAUUGCUUUUGAGCAAUUCGGUCUGCAGAAUAUUAUCAAGCUGGGUGCUGACGCCAAGGAUGCUUGUGACUUUUCUUCUCUUCUCGUCAUUCAGCCUCGAACUCAUCUGGAUGAAAUUGAAGGCAAGGAAGCUUCAGAUCCUUUGAUGACGACUUCGUUGGCAGCAAGAGGCGCUGAACAGCUGAUGCAAAACUACUUCACUUACCCUCUUGUGAUCCAAGGCCACGUUUUCGACGAUUCCAUUGAGCUUAUUUUGACCUAUGAUUCAACCAUUCUAUCGGAGGUUGAAAUGGAAGCUCUUUGCCAUCAAUUCGACGUCGUCUCUAACCAGCUGGUCAAGGAGUCCAACGACCCUCUUGGUUCCGUCACCGUCUCCGGUGAAUGGGAUCUCGAGCAAGCUAAGAAGUGGAAUGUUGAGAAUCCUGACAUCCUCGACACAUGCAUCCACAGCCUCAUCGAGGAACAAGCUCGCAUUAGACCAGACGCACCAGCUAUCUGUGCUUGGGACGGUGAGAUGAGCUACAGCCAACUGAACGUCGCUGCCAAUAAGCUGGCCCAUCACAUUCUCAACGCAGGCGUCAAGUCUGAGGACUUGGUGCACGUUUGCUUCGAGAAGUCUCUGUGGUUCUUCGUUUCCAUCGUUGCAAUCAACAAGGUGGGCGCAACCUGGGUUCCGCUUGAUUCAUCUCACCCUGAGCAGCGCCUGCGUCAAGUCGUGAGCCAGACCCGUGCCGAGUUUGCGCUGUCUUCCCCUACCAAUGCUGCUCUUUGUGGAAGUCUUGUCAAGAACGUCAUCGAAGUGUCGCAAAGCCUUCUCGACAACAUUCCCUACGAUGGUGUCAACGGUCCUGCCCUCAACGUACCGUCAAGCAACGCUGCGUACGUCCUUUUCACUUCAGGCAGCACGGGAACGCCAAAGGGUCUCGUUAUGCAGCACCAAGCCGUCUGUACGAGUCAGACCGCGAUCGCGAAGAGGCUUCGUCUGACGCCUAAUGUCAGAAUCCUCCAAUUUGCCGCAUACGUCUUUGAUCUGUCAAUCGGAGAGAUUGUUGCUCCCUUGAUCCACGGAGCUUGUGUAUGCGUGCCAUCAGAAGAGAUGAGAAUGAACGGUCUCAGAGAGUUCAUCCAGGACACAUCCAUCAACUGGGCAUUUUUGACGCCUUCCUUUGUUCGAACGCUGCGGCCUGAAGACGUACCUGGCCUCGAUCUCUUGCUCCUUGCAGGCGAGGCCGUUGGAAGAGACAUCCUUGACACAUGGUUCGGUAAGGUACGCUUGGUCAAUGGCUGGGGUCCUGCUGAAACGUGUGUCUUUUCCACCUUACAUGAGUGGGCUUCCAUUGACGAGUCUCCGUUGACUGUCGGAACACCUGUCGGAGGGCACUGCUGGAUCGUGGAUGCCGAAGAUUCCAGUAGACUGGCGCCAAUCGGCUGCUUGGGUGAAGUCGUUCUUCAGGGCCCGACACUGCUUCGCGAAUACCUUGCUGAUCCCCAGAGGAGCAAAGAGGCCAUCAUCACCUCGUUGCCGUCAUGGGCGCCGAAGCAAGACAGCCGGCCUUGGAGCCGCUUUUACAAGUCCGGUGACUUGUGCCACUACAACCCUGACGGCACGAUCGAAUUUUACAGCCGCAAAGAUACCCAGGUCAAGAUUCGUGGCCUUCGUGUUGAAUUGGGCGAGGUCGAACACCACAUUCGGGAAUCGCUCGAAGGUGUCCGACAGGUUGCUGUGGAUGUGUUGAAGUCGGAAACAGGUACUAACCUGGUCUCAUACCUCUGCUUCAAUGACGAUUCUCAGCCCGUCUCGUCAGAGCUCCAAGCAAGCAACAUCUACCUGCCCCUUGAUUCUGAUAUCCAGACUCGCAUUACUGCCAUGGUCGGAGAGCUUAGUGUGACCCUGCCACGGUAUAUGAUUCCCACGCUGUUUAUUCCCUGCAAAUUCAUGCCCGUCAUCACGUCUACCAAGUUAGACAGGAAGACACUGAAGGCAAUGACAGCUUCUCUGGAUAGGGAUCAACUAGCGCACUACUCUCUGAUUGAUAGCAAGAAGCGGGCCCCCGAGACUGAGAUGGAAACUCGCCUCCAGGCUAUCUGGGCCGACAUCCUUGGUCUUCCCAUCGACUCUAUUGGUCGUGACGAUGGCUUCCUCCAGAUUGGAGGCGAUUCUAUCACUGCGAUAUACCUGGUCUCAAAGGCCCGUGAAGCCGGCAUCUCCCUUGUUGUGAAGGACGUCUUUGAAGACUCGCGUCUACUUGCCGUUGCUUCCAAGGCCGUCUUCGCAGAAUACGCUCCGGAGGACCAGGAGCCCGCUGUACCCUUCAGCCUCUUGAACGAGCAGACUCGUGCGCUGGUCCUUGGCGGCGAGGUCCGCAAGCUCUGCGGCCUCACUGAAGACCAGAUCAUUGAAGAUGCUUAUCCUUGCACUUCACUGCAGGAAGGUCUGAUGGCCUUGACCGUGAAGCAGCCGGGCUCGUACGUUGCCAAGUAUGUGUACAAGCUUGCGCCCUUCGUCGACCUGGAUCGACUCAAAGCUGCCUGGAGCCGCACUGUUGAGCUUUGCGGUAACAUGCGGACGCGAAUCGUUCUGCUGAAUGGUUCACCGAUCCAGCUGCUCCUUAAGGAGGACAGCCAGUGGCAAUCCCUGGAGACAGAGACACUUGCCUCAGUCACAAACUCUUCUCGCGACCUGCUGAUGGGCUAUGGGUCGCCUCUUUGCUGGUACGGAAUCCUCGAAGAGAACAAUGCCCAUUAUCUGGUGUGGUCAGCUCACCAUUCCAUCUAUGAUGGCUGGGUGAUGCGCAUCCUGCUGACUACCCUAUACACCGCGUAUCACGGCGCGGAAAUUACACCUUUGCAGCCGUAUUCUGGCUUCAUUAGGUACAAUCUGGAGCUGGACAAUGCUGCUUCAGCCAACUUCUGGCGGGAGGAGUUAUCUGGCUCCAAGAGGGCUGCUUUCCCAGCCCGACAACCCCCGGCCAGUUCAUCAUCGUCAACGCAGAUGUUCAAGUCCACCAUUAGCGUUGGACAACCCAAGCAGAGCAAUAUCACAAAGGCCUCCAUCCUGAGGGCUGCUUGGGCGAUUGUGCUUGCGAGAUACUGUGAUACCGACGAUGUGAGCUUUGGAACAACUGUGUCGGGUCGUAACGCCCCUGUGGCUGGCCUCGAGACCAUGCCCGGUCCGAUGAUUGCGACUGUUCCCGUUCGCGUUCACCUGGAUCGCGCUUCCACCAAGUCGCAGUUCCUUGUAAAGGUCCAAAACCAGGCCCACGAGAUGGUUCCUUUCGAACAGUUUGGUCUUCAAAACAUCUCGAAGUUGAGCCAAGAUGCUAGGGAUACUUGCGAUUUCUCGAGCUUGCUCGUUAUCCAGCCCCCUGCGACCACCAUUUCAGAGGACGACUCCAAGACCAAUAUCUUGGUCUAUGGUGAUGCGGAACAGAGCCACACUGAUGAUGCCAUGCAGAACUACUUCAACUAUCCUCUCGUCAUCAUCAUGAACACCUUUGAGGAUCACAUCCUGCAGCGGUUCUUUUACAACCCAGCCGUUCUGGACGAGGCUCGAGUAUCCGCGCUAUCGCAGCACCUUGGCCAUGUUGUUGAGCAGCUCUCGGCAUCAGCUGAUGACGCUCUCGACAACAUUGACCUCGUCAGCGACUGGGACGCCCAACACGCUGUUGAAUCAAGUCGACUGAAGCCUUCAACCGAGUCCUGCACGCACUGGCUUAUCCAAGAGCGCAUUGAGAAGCAGCCCAACGAUCCCGCCAUUGCUUCUUGGGAUGGCGAUCUCACGUAUGAGGAACUGGGCGCACUUGCAUCUCGUCUGGCGUGGAAGCUCCAAAGCCUCGGUGUUGGACCUGAAUCCCUCGUUCCACUGUGCUUCCCCAAGUCUACUUGGGCAGUCGUCGCAAUGGUCGCAAUUGAGAUGGCUGGUGGUGCUUUUGUUCCCCUUGAUCCUAAAGCGCCUGUUGCCCGUCUUCGUGGUAUCAUUGAAGAUACCAAGUCGACUUUCGCAGUCGCCAGCCCGUCAUGCCAGGCUACUCUUUCUGAGAUCGGCAUCGAGGUGUUGGCCGUCGACGAGGCUCUACUGCUUGAGCUGUCCGACCCCGUGGAAGACAUUCAGUCAAAGGCUCGGCCAAAGAACGCAAGUGUAGUGCUAUUCACUUCCGGAUCGACUGGAAAGCCCAAGGGAAUGGUCAUCCAGCAUAACAGCUUAUGCUCAUCUGGAAAUGCGUACGGCGAGGACCUAAACAUCGGACCUGGAACGCGCGUCUUCCAAUUCUCUGCCUACACAUUCGACGUUGGUGUACUUGACUGUCUCGUUUCUCUCAUGCGUGGUGCCACGAUUUGCAUUCCUUCAGACCAUGCUCGUAUGAACGAUCUGGCUGGGGCAAUGACUACACACAAGGCCAACUGGGUGUUCCUUACACCAACGGUUGCGGAUCUUCUCUCGCCGGCAGACGUUCCUUAUCUCAAGGUUCUCUGCUUAGGUGGUGAAGCCAUCAGCAAGAAAUGUGCGGACCGCUGGGUUAAUUAUACUGAGCUCCAUGGCCUUUAUGGUCCUGCCGAGGCUUCUAUCUGUGCUUGGAACCCUCUUGUGGGCAGGUCUGGGCGGUCGACUAACCUUGGAAGGCCGAUAUCCUCAGCCUUCUGGGUGGUCGAGCCCAAUAACCACAAGCGACUUGUCCCUGUUGGUUGCAUUGGUGAGCUCUUGAUUGAAGGACCAAUGCUUGCUCGAGGGUACCUUAACGUCAGCGCUGACGUUGCUUCCAACUGGAUGGAGAACGUCGACUGGCUCCCUGGAAGCGACAAGAAGAGAGUCUACAGGACGGGCGAUUUGGUCCGUCGCAACGCUGAUGGAACGUUUGAAUUCAUGGGCCGCAAGGACACUCAAGUCAAGCUCCAUGGUCAACGUGUUGAGCUUGGCGAAAUCGAAGCGCGCAUCCAUGAAUUCCUCCCAAGCAACAUGGCUGCUAUCGUCGCUGUUGUCAAGGAUGAAAACGACCAUGACAGCUUGCUUGCUUUCCUGUGGUACACUGAAGGGGAUGUUGCCUCUCGAUCUGCCGCCCAUCUUAUGGAGGUUGUCACGGAUGAGGCACGUGUGAUGAUUUCACACGUUGACUCUUCACUCGAAAUGGUGCUGCCUUCAUACAUGAUUCCCUCGUGUUAUCUGGUAUUUGAGGGCAAGCCUGAACAGACCGUCAACGGCAAAGUCAACCGCAAAGCCCUGCUUUCUCACGCCCAGAACCUGUCGACGCAGGAUCGUCUGCGAUUCGCACCUGUUGUUGGCAAGAGUGAGCCACCGAGCACCCCUAUGGAGUUCAAGCUUAGGGACCUUUGGGCACAGGUGUUACAGAUUGAUGCCGAGUCGAUUGGAAAGAAUGACAGCUUCCUGCGCAUUGGAGGUGACUCUAUCAGCGCGAUCCAACUCGUCUCUUUGGCCCAGCAGAAUAACAUUGGCCUUACGGUGGCUACCAUCUUCAACGAUCCUCGCUUAGCUCACAUGGCUGAGGCUGCAAAUGUUGACGAGAUUAUGCCCGAGUAUGAGACGAAGCCAUUCAGUAUCAUCCCGGCUUCCGCCAUGGAUGAGGUUCUCGCUGAAGUGCGCUCUCAAUGUGACGAUCUAUCCGAGACCGCCGUCAUUGAGGAUGCUUAUCCUUGCACUCGACUACAAGAAGGGUUGAUGAUUCUGGCGGUUAAGCAACCUGGGUCAUACGUGGCCAAGCAUGUAUACCGUCUUUCUGACAACAUCGACGUCGAGCGAUUCAAGAAUGCCUGGGAUCAGACCGUCGAAGCCUGUGCAGCUUUGAGGACGCGUUUUGUCCUUGUUGAUGGCUCAGCCUAUCAAGCCGUCAUCAAAGACUCGGUGAAGUGGCAGACAGCAUCCGACAUUCGUUCAUUCGCCAUGUCUCCGGAGAAUUCUCACAUGGACUAUGGCACCCCCCUCUGUCGAUACGCGCUUAUUGAGGAGAACGGGGAGAAGUACUUUGCUUGGAACAUCCAUCACACGAUCUUUGACGGUUGGACUCUACCGCUUAUCAUGGGCACCCUCCAUGCUUUCUACAGUGGCACUGAUGCCCCCUCACUUCUCCCAUAUGCUGGCUUCGUCAAGUAUGUGAUGGAAAUGGACUUUGCGGCUGCCAGUGAGUAUUGGACUCAACAGCUUCAAGGCGCCAAGAAGGCAACUUUCCCCCCUGGCGCUGAGGCUGUCAAGACGAAGAAAUCGGAGAUGUCGACUCGGGUCAUGCACAACACGGUUCAAUUCCCACGGUCGACUAACACGUCGAUUACGAAAGCCUCUGUCCUUCGAGCUGCCUGGGCCAUUGUGCUUGCACGGUAUAAUGAUUCUGACGAUGUUUGCUUCGGAACUACAGUUUCUGGCCGUCAUGCCCCUGUGCCUGGAAUCGAGAGAAUGCCCGGCCUUGUGGUCGCAACUGUCCCGGUUCGCGUCAAGCUGGAUCAGAAGCAGCCUCUGGAGAGCUUCCUGGAAGGUAUCCAGUCGCAAGCCUCUGAGAUGGUCGCUUUUGAGCAAUUCGGCAUUCAGAAUAUAUCCAAGUUGAACGCUCAGGCUAAGGAAGCUUGCGAUUUCACCAGCUUGUUGGUCGUACAACCGACCCAGCACAUCACUUCCACAGGAAGCGCCAAUGAAGAAGCCCUUCUUACUGCUGCUUCAACGGACGUUGGUGCUGAUGAAAUGUUGGACAACUACUUCAACUAUCCAUUGGUUUUACAGUGCCACUUGCUUGAUGACCACGUCGAGCUUGUCCUCGUCUAUGACAGCGAUGUCAUUGCUGAGCAUCAACUCAUUGGCUUGUCCCACCAGUUCGAGCAUGUGGUUUCCCAGCUUCUCAGCCAAGACGGCUCUCUAUCUGCUGUUUCAGUAGCAAGUGAAUGGGACCUUGAAUUUGCAAGGGCAUCUAACCACGAUGAGCCUGCUGUUGUUGAUGACUGCAUUCACAACAUGAUUGAGCAACGAGCCCUGAUGAGCCCCGACGCCGAAGCUGUCAGUGCUUGGGAUGCCCGCUUUACGUAUGCCGAGUUGGACCGGUCUGCCAAUAUACUGGCAAACUAUCUGAUCCAGUCAAUGGGCGUUCAAGUCGGCGACUUGGUUCACGUUGUCUUCGAGAAAUCGGCUUGGUAUGUUGUCUCGAUCUUGGCCAUCAACAAAGCUGGCGCGGCGUGGAUUCCGCUUGACCCGUCACACCCUGCCGAACGCCAUCAGCAAGUUGUUGGGCAAACUCAGUCCAGACUGGCCCUCACAUCGUCCGCAAAUGCUGCCAAGUGUGCCGACCUUGUAUCCAACGUUCUGGAGGUGACGAGAGAGCUUCUCGAUAACCUGGAAACGCAAGGCAACGACACAAGGCCGGUUACCAGCGUCACUCCUCAAGAUGUGGCCUACAUCCUGUUUACGUCCGGAUCCACCGGUGUUCCUAAGGGCGUUGUCAUGGAGCACGGAGCUCUCUGUAGUAGUCAGACAUCCAUCAGCAAGCGACUUGGCUAUGCUCCUGGUGUGCGGAUGCUUCAAUUUGCCUCGUUCGUCUUUGACGCAUGUAUUGGCGAGAUAAUUGCACCGCUGAUUUCAGGCGCCUGUGUCUGCAUUCCGUCAUGGGAGACGCAGAUGAACUCGCUGACGAGCUACAUUCGCGAGAAGAACGUUACUUGGGCAAUGCUCACACCGUCGUUUGCCCGUACCAUGGAUCCCAGCGAGGUACCUUGCUUGGAGCUCCUGAUUCUUAUCGGCGAGGCUGUCAGCCGCGACGUGUUCGAGCUGUGGUUCGGCAAGCUGCGUCUACUUAAUGGUUGGGGUCCUACGGAAACGUGUGUCUUUGGUGCUCUGCAUGAAUGGCAGUCCAUCGAAGAAUCUCAGAUGACCAUCGGUCAGCCAGUCGGCGGGUACUGCUGGAUUGUCGACCCUGAAGAUCCGCAGAAGUUAGCCCCUACAGGCACCUUUGGUGAGGUUGUUAUCCAAGGACCCAACCUGCUUCGCGAAUAUCUCGCCGAUGAGGCCAAGACGGCUUCAUCAACUGUUACUGUCCUUCCUGAAUGGGCUCCUAACAGGCAUUCGCGCCAUUGGAACCGCUUCUAUAAGACGGGCGAUCUGGCGAUGUACAACCCGGAUGGAACCAUUCAGUACUACAGCCGCAAGGACACACAGGUUAAGAUCCGAGGUUUGAGGGUGGAAUUGGGAGAAGUUGAACACCACGUACGUCAGAAUCUUGAUGCCGUCCAACAGGUUGCUGUGGAUGUGUUCAAGACUGAUGCCGGUGUUAAUCUCGUCUCGUUCGUGUGCUUUAACAACGAUACCCUCCCAGCCAGCAUGACUGGCGACAUCACCAGCACGGAUAUCAUCCUGCCCUUGACGGAGGACCUCAAGGAGAGUAUCAACAGCCUCCUGGGUCGCCUUAAUGUCCUCUUGCCUGGGUACAUGAUUCCCACGCUGUUCAUCCCCUUUGAGGCCAUGCCGCUUGUCACUUCUGGCAAGCUUGAUAGGAAGCUUUUGCUGAAGCUUACUGCUUCGCUUGAGAAAGAGCAGCUUGAAGCAUAUGCGCUUACUGGCGGUGAUAAGAGGGAGCCCGAGACUGAGAUGGAGUACCGCCUGAGAGAACUGUGGGCUACUCUACUGAAUAUGCCUGCUUCCUCGAUCGGUCGCGAUGACAGUUUCCUGCGAAUUGGCGGUGAUUCUAUCGCUGCUAUCCGUCUCGUUGCCAAAGCUCGUGAGAGCGGCAUAUCUCUCAGUGUUAACGACAUCUUCAGCGACCCUCGCCUCCUUGCUAUCGCGGCCAAAGCUACCAGCUUGGCGGGCGAAGACAUUGAGGAGGCUGUUCCAAUUGAGCCAUUCACUCUUAUUGAUGAGGCUCACCAUUCCAUGGUCCUCAGCAACUCCUCUGGUCUGCAUUUGUCAGCCGAUAUGGAAAUCGAAGAUGCCUUCCCUUGUUCGAAGCUCCAGGAAGGUCUGAUGGCCUUGGCUGUGAAGCAACCUGGCUCGUACAUUGCCAAGUACCAUUACCGCUUGCCAUCCCACGUUGACGUAGCCCGGUUCAAACGGGCCUGGGAAAAGACCGUUGAGAUGUGUGCCAACAUGCGUACUCGCAUCAUCAGCGUUGGCGGUAUGACAAUCCAGACGGUCAUUAAAAACGACGUCGCCUGGGAGGACACUACCGGUAUGACUCUUAUGUCAUAUGUACAUGCCACCCAGCAGACAGAGAUGGGUUACGGCUCUCGUCUCUGCCGUUACGCCUUGAUCGAAGAGGACGGCCAGGAUGUCCAGUUCGUGUGGAGCAUUCACCACGCCGUUUUCGACGGUUGGACGACGCCCAUCAUCUUGAGCGCUUUACACAGCGCCUAUAGAGGCCUGGAGAUGCCCAAGAUUGAAAACUACGCCAGGUUCAUCAAGUACACGAUGGACAUUGACUACCAGGAUGCCAGCGAAUAUUGGAUGAGGGAGCUUCACGAUGUGAAGAAGGCCACUUUCCCCUCAUCUGUCUCCAUUGAUGCCUCUGACAAGGGCGAUGUAACGAAAUUCAUGGAGACCAGGAUCGACCUGCCCCAGAACGGCGUCGGUGUCACUAAAGCCACUAUCCUUCGUGCCGCUUGGGCUGUGGUUCUGGCCCGCUACUGCGAUACCGAUGAUGUCUGCUUCGGAACGACAAUUUCAGGAAGACAAGCCCCUGUUGCCGGGCUGAUGGAGAUGCCUGGUCCAGUCAUCGCGACUGUGCCAAUCCGGGUUCGUCUGGAUCGACAAAAGACCGUUGACGACUUCCUUCAAGGUGUGCAAGACCAAGCUACCGAGAUGGUUGCCUACGAGCAAUUCGGUCUUCAGAGCAUCGGCAAGCUGAGUCCCGACGCAAGGGACGCGUGUGACUUUUCGUCACUUCUGGUUAUCCAACCUUUGCAGUCUCUUAUUUACAAUAACGACGACGAACAGACUCUACUGGCUGCUUCUGAGGCUGCUGCUGACACCAAGGAAGAGGUGAUGCAGAAUUACUUCUCAUAUCCAUUGGUCAUACAAGCCCACUUACAUGACGAUCACAUCAGCCUGGUGUUGAUUUACAAUUCCUUGGCGCUUCCAGAAGCCCAGCUGUUUGCUCUGUCUCAGCAAUUCAAGCACGUCGUCGAGCAGCUCGUGAUGGAACCUCAGCUCAGCCUUGGAUCGCUCUCCGUCGCUUCUGACUGGGACGUUGCACAGUCUCUCAAGUUCAACUCUGAAAUCCCAGAGAUUGUCGAUUCUUGUGUUCAUCAGCUAAUUGAGAGGCAAGCUGAAAUCCGCCCUAACGCAAUGGCAAUCAAGGCAUGGGACGCCGAGUUGACGUAUCGCGAUUUCAACCGUGCUGCGAACCGCCUUGCCAACCAUCUAAUGGCUUCAUACGACAUAAAGCCGGAUGAGCUGGUCCACGUCUGCUUCGAGAAGUCCGCUUGGUUCUUUGUGUCUAUCCUGGCCAUCAACAAGGCGGGUGCUGCUUGGGUGCCCCUCGACCCCUCUCACCCAGAACAGCGACUUCGACAAGUUGUGUCUCAAACGCGUGCCAGGCUAGCACUUACUUCGUCGACGAACCGUGAUCUGGUUGCCAGCUUAGUUGAGUCUGUUGUUACUGUAGACUCCGAGCUUGAUGCGGAACUGUCCAAGGUUGAGGAAUACAGCCAGACGGGCCCGGUGACAAGUGUGUCUUCAGACAAUGCUGUCUACGUUCUAUUCACAUCCGGGUCGACUGGUACACCCAAAGGCCUUGUUAUGCAGCACGGCUCGGUGGCUACCUCUCAAACGGCUAUUGUCAAGCGGCUAGGCCUAACCCCUGACGUACGCAUGUUACAAUUCGCAGCCUUUGUGUUCGACCUUUCGAUUGGAGAGAUCAUCGCACCGCUUAUUACAGGUGCCUGUUUGUGCAUCCCGUCAGACCAUACGAGGAUGAAUGGCCUUACCCAGUAUAUCAGGGAUACAGGCAUCAAUUGGGCGUUCCUUACACCCUCAUUCAUCCGGACAAUCAACCCUGCUGAAGUUCCCGGCCUGGAUCUUGUCUUGUUAGCUGGCGAGGCUGUCCCUCGGGACGUCUUGACCACCUGGUUUGGCAAGGUCCGUUUGAUCAAUGGUUGGGGGCCUGCCGAGACGUGUGUUUUCUCAACGCUCCAUGAGUGGCAGUCAGUCAACGAGUCGCCCCUUACGGUUGGUAAGCCUGUCGGUGGUUUCUGCUGGGUCGUUGAUCCGGAAGAUCCUCAUCGCCUAGCCCCGACUGGAACGCUCGGAGAGGUUGUCAUACAGGGUCCGACAUUGUUACGGGAGUAUCUCUCUGAUCCUCAACGAACACAGGCCUCUACAGUGUACGACCUUCCCAAGUGGGCACCUCGCCCUGACUCCAGACACUGGAAUAAGUUCUACAAGUCCGGCGAUCUGUGUUAUUACAACCAAGAUGGCACGAUCGAAUUCUCGACUCGUAAAGACACGCAAAUCAAGAUCCGUGGCUUACGUGUGGAGCUUGGAGAAGUCCAACACCAUAUCCAACAGGCACUACCUUCAGCCAGGCAAGUUGCCGUCGACGUGUACAAGGGCGAAAACGGUACCAACCUCGUCGCCUAUCUGUGCUUCAGCGAGGACACCCGGACGGUUGGCAUCAGCAGCGGCGCAUCUGACGGUCCAUUCUUGCCGCUCGGCGAAGAUCUGCAAUUGACGCUGGCAGCCGUUGUUGGCCAGCUCAGCAUUUCUUUGCCUCGGUAUAUGAUUCCGACCAUGUUCAUCCCCUGCAGCUACAUGCCCUUCAUCACCUCGACAAAGCUUGACCGCAAUGAGCUGAAGAAGCUCACAAGCUCAUUGGACAAGGCCCAAAUAGCCCAGUACUCACUUCUGGGCGGCAAGAAACGCUCGCCGGAAACGCCAAUGGAGGUUUUUUUGCAAAAGCUGUGGUCUGACCUACUUGGUGUCCCGGUCGAAUCCAUCGGUCGAGAUGAUAGCUUCCUGGGCCUUGGUGGUGAUUCCAUUACUGCCAUCCACAUGGUAAGCGCUGCUAGGGAUUCCGGUGUCUCGCUUGCAGUCAAGGAAAUCUUUGACGAUCCGCGAUUGUCGGCCGUUGCAAGCAAGGCUCGUGAGAUCGGACAAGACGAGCAGACUUCAUCCGUCGAUGCUACUCCCUUCUAUUUAGUUGAUGAUUCCAUCCGCCAGCUGGCCAUUGGAGAUGAAGUUCGACGCGUCUGCAGCUUGACAAACAGCGAAGAAGUCGAAGAUGCUUAUCCGGUAACGAUGUUCCAGGAGGGCCUCAUGGCUCUUUCAGUGAAGCAGCCGGGCUCCUACAUUGCCAAAUAUGCAUAUAAGCUGUCUGAGCACGUCGAUGUUGCUCGCUUCAAGGCCGCUUGGGAGACCACUGUUUCAUUGUGCCCGACUAUGCGCACUCGUCUCGUUCUUCUCAACGGUAAAUGCACGCAGGUAGUCAUCAAGGGAGAGACCGGUUGGCAGUCUCAGGAACACACGGACGUUCAUGUUGCCAUUCAGGCCGCUCAAACGGCCGAGAUGACAUAUGGCUCUCACCUUUCUCAGUCUAUCCUGGCCCAUGAUGCAAACGGGGACAAUUACUUCCUCUGGACAGUUCAUCACGCGGUUCAUGAUGGAUGGACGGUUCGUCUUAUUAUGUCCACCUUGCAGAAUGCCUACAACAACCUUGAGUUACCUCCUCUGAAGCCGUACUCCGGUUUCAUCCAGUAUCUGGGAGCUAUCAAGCCUGAUGAGACCAUCAACUACUGGACUCAGCAGCUGCAAGGUGCAAGCAAGGCGUCUUAUCCCCCAUCGAAGCCGACAUCAGCGUCCGAGUCAGUUACUCGACUCAUCACCAAGACAAUCGCAGCUCCCGCCUCGGCCAACGCUGCCAUCACAAAGGCCACAAUUAUGCGGGCGACUUGGGCCAUUCUGCUGGCCCGCUACUGCGAUACUGACGAUGUCACCUUCGGUACGUCGAUUUCCGGCCGACAGGCUGCAGUAGCUGGUCUGAUGGAUAUGCCCGGCCCUGUGGUCGCGACUGUUCCCGUGCGUGUUCGUCUGGAUCGAACCCAGCCGAUUAGCAAGUACCUCCAGGCUAUCCAGAGUCAGGCUCACGAGAUGGUGCCAUACGAGCAGUAUGGUUUGACCAACAUUGGAAAGAUCAGCCCCGACUUUAGGGAUACCUGUGACUUUACGAGCUUGCUGGUUGUUCAGCCUCGAACGCACUUGGAUGCUCGAACCAGCGGCACGACUACUGACUCCGACGCUUCAUCGGCUGCUCUGCUUGCGCCUGCAAAUAUCGAAGGCAGUUCUACUGAAGAAUUGAUGCAAGGAUACUUUUCGUACCCUCUUGUUAUCCAAGGACACCUCAUGAGUGAUUCCAUCGGGCUGGUCAUCACCUAUGAUGCUUCUGUGCUCUCUGAGGCAUCCAUGGAAGCCAUGUGCCAUCAGUUCGAUCAUAUCGCUUCGCAGCUAUUCGCCGACGAGGGACGUACACUGGGCGACUUGACCGUUGCUUCUGACUGGGAUCUUCAACGAGCCAAGGACUUUAACCCUGAAGUCCCGGUAAUCAUGGAUACUUGCAUCCAUCACCUCAUUGAAGCUCAAGCCAGAGAAACUCCUGACUUACCAGCGGUCUGGGCCUGGGAUGGGCAAUUAACUUAUCGCCAGCUGAACGAAGCGGCCAAUCGGUUAGCCCACUAUCUCAUCAGCGACCACAAUGUCCAGGUUGAAGAUCUCGUCCACGUCUGCUUCGAAAAGUCGGUUUGGCACUGGGUCUCCGUGCUUGCUAUCAACAAGGCUGGAGCCGUGUGGGUUCCUCUAGAUCCAUCGCACCCUGAGCAGCGCCUUCGCCAGGUUGCCUCCCAGACUCGAUCUACGCUGGCUCUGGCAUCGGAUACGACAAGACACCUUGUCUCUGAUAUCAUCGAGCGAGUGGUCGAAGUUUCUCCUACAUUGUUCGAGCAGAUUGAUGUCCGACUUGGCGAGAAGGAGCCCCAGGUCUCGGUCUCAGCCAGCAACGCUGCGUAUGUGCUCUUCACCUCUGGAUCCACGGGUACGCCCAAGGGUCUGGUGAUGACACACGGUGCCUUCACAACGAGUCAGACGGCCAUCAAGAAGAGGCUUGGGCCUAAUACAAACACCAGGGCCCUCCAGUUUGCUUCGUACGUCUUUGACAUGUCCGUCGGCGAAGGCUUCGUACAGCUUAUUUCUGGCGCCUGCAUUUUCAUUCCGUCCGAGCACACCAGGAUGAACGGCCUGAAGGAAUUCAUUGCCGAGCACAAGAUCAACUCCCUGUGGCUGACGCCCUCCUUCAUCCGGACCCUCAGUCCAGAGCAAGUGCCUACGGUUGACUUCGUGUUCUUGGCUGGUGAAGCUAUUCCACGCGACGUGUUCACCACUUGGUGCACCAAGGUCCGCUUAUGGAACGGUUGGGGACCUGCUGAGACUUGCGUCGUCAGCUCCUUGCACCAAUUUACCAGCCUAGAUGAGUCGCCGUUAACGAUCGGUCGUCCUAUUGGAGGGUUCUGCUGGAUUGUAGACCCUACGGACCAUUCAAGGCUUGCGCCUAUCGGCACUGUUGGCGAAGUUGUCAUCCAAAGCCCAACGAUCUUGAGGGAGUACCUUGCCGAUGUCGAACGCACCAAGGCCUCCACGGUGUAUGAGCUACCUGCCUGGGCCCCGAACCGAGACCAGGCUCCUUGGUCACGAUUCUUCAAGUCCGGUGAUCUGGCUUCAUACAACCCCGACGGUACCCUCGAAUUCGCUAGCAGAAAGGAUACCCAAGUCAAGAUCCGCGGUCUACGUGUUGAGCUCGGAGAAAUCGAGCAUCACGUCCGUAGCAGCCUCACAGACGCUCGCCAAGUUGCUGUCGACGUUUUCAGGACCGAUGCCGGCACAAGACUUAUUGCGUACUUCUGUUUCUCUGAUGAAACGCGCACUGCCGGCAAUUCUCAGUCAGAUGACGAAGGCAUCUUCUUGCCUGUGACAGAAGAGCUUCAGAGACAGCUCACCAGCAUGGUCAGCCAGCUGAAUGUCACGCUGCCUCACUACAUGGUCCCGUCGCUCUUCAUUCCAUGCCGCUACAUGCCCUUCAUCACGUCUACCAAGCUUGAUAGAAACCUGUUGAAGAAGCUUGUUUCCGAGCUCAGCCAAGAAGACCAUGCUGUGUAUUCCUUGAGCAACGGCGUCAAGCGUAUGCCUGACACUGAAAUGGAGGCUCGUAUGCAGGAGCUUUGGUCUGUCGUGUUGCACAUGCCCAAGGAAGAGAUUGGCUGUGAUGAAAGCUUUCUGCAGAUUGGUGGUGAUUCCAUUACCGCUAUCCAGCUCGUUACCAAUGCUCGUGAGGCUGGUCUGUCGAUUGCAGUCAAGGAUAUCUUUGACGACCCUCGCCUUUCGAAGCUUGCCCUGGUAGCUGAAGCCAACUCUGACCACAGCAAUGCGUCCUCGAUAGUUGAACCCUUCAGCCUGCUUGGAGAGUCUCUUACCAAGGAUCUUGUCACGAAGGCUGCCAAGGAGCAAUGCAAUCUCUCUGGGAAUGAUCUGCUUGACGAUGCCUAUCCUUGCACAAAGCUACAGGAAGGUCUCAUGGCCCUCGCAAUCAAGCAACCCGGAUCAUACAUUGCCAAGUAUGUGUAUCAACUUCCCGACUACGUCGAUGUUUCCCGAUUCCGCACUGCCUGGGAGCGUACCGUCCAAAGCUGUGCCAACCUCCGCACACGCAUGAUUCUCGUCGACGGCAUCACUAUCCAAGUUCUGCUAAAGGAUGAUAUUGCCUGGGAUGAUACUGCCAACGCUUCGCUCGAGAGUUAUGCUCGCUCAACGCUCCAUAUGGAAAUGGGCUAUGCCCAGCGCCUGUGCCGCUAUGCCCUCAUUGAGGAAGAGACUGGUAAUUACUUUGCCUUUAGCAUCCACCACACAGUCUUUGAUGGCUGGUCACUCCCAUUGGUGAUGGGUACCUUGUCUGCGGCUUAUUACGAUCUUGAGCUUCCUUCUCUACAGUCAUAUGCAGCUUUCGUCAAGUACACGAUGGAACUCGAUCACAGCGCCGCCUCCGGCUAUUGGGAGAAGCAACUCAAGGGUGCCAAGCGCACAAGCUUCCCGGCACCUAGCGAUAAAGCAGGAUCUUCUCAAACGCGCGUUGUGAACAAGACUAUUGAUUUCCCGAAGUCAAAGACCUCCAUCACAAAGGCCUCUAUUCUACGCGCUGCUUGGGCCAUUGUCUUGGCCCGCUACUCUGACAGCGAUGAUGUCUGCUUCGGCACAACCGUCUCUGGUCGUCAUGCCAAUGUGGCCGGUCUCGAGGCCAUGCCUGGUCUGGUGGUCGCCACUGUUCCUGUUCGUAUUCGCCUCGACAAGCAAAAGCCUCUGUCUGGCUUCCUUCAGGAUGUUCAGACACAGGCCAACGACAUGGUUGAUUACGAGCAAUUUGGCAUCCAAAACAUCUCCAGACUUGGCUCCGAUGCAAAGGACGCUUGCGACUUUACCUCUCUUUUGGCUAUCCAACCUGUCCAGCAUAUGAGCGCAGACAGCAGCAACCCUGCUGAUCAUGGUGCCAUUGUCGUUCCUGCGGCUUCUCCUAAUGUCAAGGCUGAAGACAUGCUGCAGAACUACUUCUCUUACCCAUUGGUUAUCCAGUGCCACCUCUUCGAUAACCACGUCAACUUGGUUCUUGUCUACGAUACCGAUGUCCUCGAAGAGACACAGCUGAAUGCACUCAUGCACCAAUUUGAUCAUGUUGUCCAACAGCUACUUGCCCAGAGCGAUGAGCCAUUGGGUGAUGUCAGUAUCUCAGGACCUUGGGAUCUCCAACAAGCUCUGCAGCUGAACAGCAGGGAACCCGAGUUGAUUCACACUUGUCUUCAUGAUAUCUUCUCCCAGCAUGCUUCGAAUUCCCCACACCACGAGGCCAUUUACUCAACCGAAGGCAGCCUUACCUACGGUGAACUUGAUCACCUUACCGAUAUCCUCGCCACAUAUUUGAGCUCGUUAGGCGCAGGCCCCGAAACAGUGGUGCCCUUCUGCUUCGAGAAAUCGAUGUGGGCGGUGGUUGCGAUCUUGUCAAUUCUCAAGGCCGGCGCUGCAUUUGUGCCCCUUGACCCUUCGCAUCCAACCAGCCGUCGCGAGGCAUUGGUCAAGGAAGUCAGUGCUCGCGUGCUCGUGGCUUCUUCCAACGCCAUCACUUCAUGCGAAGGAAUGGCUGAGCACGUUGUUGAGCUGUCACCCAGUGUUAUGGCUAGGCUGGCUGCCUCUGUAACCCCUAAGAUCUUGCCAAAGGUUGGACCAAGGAACACGGCAUAUGUCCUGUUCACCUCUGGAUCGACAGGCAAGCCCAAGGGUGUUGUUAUGCAGCACGGCUCUUUCAGUUCGACUACUAUCGGAUAUGGCAAGGUGUAUAGCCUGUCGCCGUUGUCGAGAGUCUUCCAAUUCUCCAACUAUAUCUUUGAUGGUAGCUUGGGCGAAAUCUUUGGCCCAUUGGCCUUUGGUGGAACGAUUUGCAUACCCAGUGAAGAUGAACGCCUGGGGAGUGCCCCUGGUUUCAUGAACAUGGCAAAGGUCAACACAGCCAUGUUAACCCCAUCCUUUGUGCGGACCUUUACGCCCGACCAGGUGCCGCAUCUCAAGACUCUUGUUCUCGGCGGCGAAGCUGCUUCCAAGAGCACCUUGGAGAUGUGGGUUAACCGUGUCACUCUGUACAACGGAUACGGACCAGCUGAAGCUUGUAACUACGCGACUACACACGUUUUCAAGUCGAGUUCAGAGUCUCCUCGGAUUAUUGGAUCCGGAUUCAAUGGUGCCUGCUGGGUUGUUGAACCUGAUAACCACAGCAAGCUUGCGCCUAUGGGUUGCACAGGCGAGCUGGUUCUCCAAGGCCACGCUUUGGCUCGUGGCUAUCUCAAUGACAAGGCUAAGACGGAGCAGUCGUUUGUUGGCGAAAUUGGUUCUCUUCCGCUUUCUCUCCUGCAUGAGCCUAAGCGAUUCUACCUUACCGGAGACUUGGUCCGCUACAACUCUGCGGGUGAGCUUGAAUACCUGGGACGAAAGGACUCCCAAGUCAAACUGCGUGGUCAGCGUCUGGAACUGGGUGAGAUCGAAUACAACAUCACCCAGUCACUCAAGAGCGUGCGAGACGUUGCCGUUGAUGUCAUUCACAAAGACACCGGUGACUUGCUGGUCGCGUUCAUCUCGUUCUCUGAUAACGCAAGGGCCCAGUGGGAUUCGGAUAGUCUGCUUCUCAACCUCCUUGCGUCUGAUGAGUCCAUGAGAUCCCUGCUCGAUAGUCUGAGAGAGAGCCUGAAAGCCUCUCUGCCUGGCUACAUGGCCGUGCUCCCUGCUUUCAUGAUGCCUAGCCUGGUCUUGCCCAUCCGAAACAUGCCAUUCAUCACAUCAAUGAAGCUCGAUAGGAAGCAGCUUCGGACUCUCGCAAGCUCUCUGUCUCUUGAGGAGCUCGCCACUUUUGCUCCCAGCAAAGCAGACAAGAUUGAGCCGACAACCGAUAUGGAAUUCAAGCUGCGCGACCUCUGGUCCCAGAUCCUUGGAAUCCCGGCGGAAGAGAUUGGCAAGAACGACAGCUUCCUGCAAAUUGGAGGUGAUUCCAUCUCAGCCAUUCACUUUGUUACCCUGGCUCAAGAACAUGGUAUCUCACUCACUGUGGCUACCAUCUUUGCCGAUCCGAGACUGGCUUCAGUUGCUGCAUCGGCCCAUCUCGGCGAUGUUAGCGAUGCCUACGAGGCUGAGCCCUUCAGCAUGAUCCAGCCUUCUGAGAGCGACGCCAUUACUCGCGAGAUUGGACAGCAGUGCGACCUUUCUGCUGGCCAGUCGAUUGAGGAUGCUUACCCAACAACCAAGUUGCAGGAAGGUCUCAUGGCCUUGUCCGUCAAGCAGCCAGGCUCUUACACGGCCCGUUAUGUGUACCAAAUUCCUGAUCACGUCGACGCUGAGCGAUUCAAGGCUGCUUGGGACAAGACAGUUGAAGUCUGCCACAACCUUCGAACAUCGAUUGUUCUUGUUGGCUACACCACCUUCCAAGCCGUCAUCAAGGACACUUCAAAGUCACUGUGGGAGCCUACCACAGGUGUUUCCCUGCAGUCCUACAUGAGGAACGCAAUUGAAUCCUUCAACAUGGGCUAUGGCUCUCGCCUCUGCCGUUAUGCUCUGAUUGAAGAGGGCGGCAGCACUUAUUUCGCGUGGCAUAUUCACCAUUCGGUGUAUGACGGCUGGACUCACCCGCUCAUCAUGGGCACGCUCUACGCCGCUUACUUCGGCACUGAAAUGCCUCCUUUGCAGCCUUUUGCUCGCUUCGUCAAGUACACGACGAGCAUCAACCAACACGAUGCUGCAGAGUACUGGAGACGCCAACUUCACGAUGCCACUCCGGCUUCAUUCCCUGCUGUUGACCAGCAGUUGACUCCUUCAAAGAGCAAGGCCGAUGUGACCCGGAUAUUGAGAAAGACUGUCGAUUUCCCACGCCUGACAAACACAUCGAUCACCAAGGCCACCAUCAUGAGGGCAGCCUGGUCCAUCGUCUUGGCCCAGUACUGCGGAGUUGACGACGUGUGCUUCGGUACUACACUCUCAGGCCGUCACGCGCCAGUUCCCGGAUUAGAUUCUAUGCCUGGCCCUAUGCUUGCCACUGUUCCUGUCCGAAUCCGUCUGGAUCAAGACCAGCCAACAUCACGGUUCUUGCAAGACGUCCAGAUUCAGGCUUCCGAGAUGGUUGCCUAUGAGCAAUUUGGUCUCCAGAACAUUGCAACGCUGAGUCCCGAGGCCAAACAAGCAUGCGACUUUUCAAGCUUGCUGGUCAUCCAGCCUGCCCAGCAGCAGGUUGCAGACGAUAAAGCCAUGGCUAGCACAGACAUUAUCCUAUCGCCUGGCGACUCUGAGAACUCGGCUGAGCAAUCAAUGCAAAACUUUGCCAACUACCCCUUGGUUCUUCAAAUUGCCAUCAUGGAGAGUCACAUCGAGCUGCUGCUGAUCUACGACACCAAUGCUCUGACAGAAUUUCAUGCCACAGCCAUCUCUGAGCAAUUCGGCAACGUUGCCAGACAACUCGUUGCCCAAGAUGAGACGUCAAUUGGUGAUGUAAAGGUAGCUGGCUCAUGGGACCUGCAGAAGCAGCUCGAGUGGAACCACGAAAUCUAUGGCCCCUCGGAUACCACUCUCCAGGAGCUCUUCUCGAAGCAAGCUGCUCGCAGACCUGAGCAUCAGGCUCUGUACAGCAGUGAGGGAAGCAUGACUUACAGCGAGCUUGAUCAAUUGACAACUCAGCUUGCAGUCUACCUCAGCGGCCUUGGUGUUCGACCCGAGACCAUCGUGCCCUUCUGCUUCGAAAAGUCCAUCUGGGCUAUCGUUGCGAUGAUGGGCAUCCUCAAAGCCGGUGGUGUUUUCAUGCCUUUGGAUCCGUCUUACCCAGCAAGCCGCCGCCAGGCUUUGAUAGACGAAGUCAACGCCCAAUUCAUGAUUGUGUCACCGACAACCGCCCCUGACUCUCAGGGCAUGGUCCGCAACCUGAUUGAGCUGUCGCCAUCUCUAAUUUCCCGCGUCUCUACGAUCAGUAUCGCCCAACAAUCGUUGAUCAAGUCGGGCCCCAACAAUGCCGCCUAUGUCCUGUUUACAUCCGGUUCAACCGGUAAGCCAAAGGGCGUCAUCAUCGACCACAAGGCCAUCUCCGCAGCGCUCCUCAGACAACGCGAGGCCUUUUCGUUCAACGACGACACAAGGACGUUACAAUUCGCCAACUUCGUCUUCGACGCCUGUAUCGCCGAAAUCUUCACUUCGCUGGUGGUCGGUGCUACCGUCUGCGUGCCAACAGAGCAUGAACGUGUUCACAACACUGCAGCUUUCAUCCGUGAGGCUCGUGUAAACCACGCCUUCCUGACGCCGACCUUUAUCAAGACUCUUUCUCCAGAGCAGAUUCCCGACAUGAAGACUGUCAUCCUUAUGGGUGAAGCACCCUCUCGAGGAAUCAUCGACACCUGGGCGGACGAGAUUGACCUUCACAACGGUUAUGGUCCGGCAGAAGGUUGCGUCGGUUCGACGAACAACACGUAUUCGUCGUCAGUCAAGGUUUCAGUUACCAAUGUCGGUCGCAGCUUUACCCACGGCCUCUGGAUCGUCGACCCCGAUGACCAUAACCGCCUCAUGCCUAUCGGCUGUGUCGGUGAGUUGCUGCUGCAGGGUUCAUCUCUGGCACGCGGCUACAUCAACGACGAGGACAAGUCGAGACAGUCAUUCAUCGAUGAAGUUGAGUGGCUGCCAUCGAGUAUCAACAUUGGUGAACGCCGCUUCUACAAGACCGGUGACCUGGUCCGCUACACUCCCGAUGGAUCGAUCGAGUAUGUCAGCCGAAAGGACACGCAAGUCAAGAUCCGCGGCCAGCGCAUCGAGCUCGGCGAAAUCGAAUACCACGUCAAGCGCGCCAACGCUUCUAUUGAACACGUCGUCGUCGAUAUUACUCGAACGGCCGGCCGCGAGUCUCUCCUCGCCUUUGUGUGCUUCAGCUCGCAUCAAGAGACGGAGAGUGCUUCCAAGGAGGUUCGUCUCACGGACGUCACCAACGAACUGCGCGAGAUGUUCUCCGACAUUGCUACAACCGUCGCCUCUGCUCUGCCCAGCCACAUGGUCCCUAAGUAUCUCAUCCCCGUCGACCACAUGCCUCACAACGCUGCCGGCAAACUAGACCGAAAGAUGCUUCUCGCAUCCAUUGCCAACCUCAGGCCGGACGAGCUCUCAAACUACCUCGCUGGCCAGCGUUUGCCCUUCCGCGACUGCUCUACCGAUGUCGAAUUCUGGCUCCGUGCCCAAUGGGCCUCUACGCUUGACCUUCCCGCCGAGACUAUCGGACUGGAUGACAACUUCUAUAGCCUCGGUGGUGAUUCGAUUCGCAUUGUCACCAUUUCCAAGGCUAUCCUCAACCAGUAUGGUGUUUCACUCGGAAUGUCUCUGCUCAACUCGAAGCAUACCACGAUUGCAAACAUGGCCAAACACAUCGACGGCGAACACAGUGGACAAGAUGCUGAAGCACUAGGACUCGUCGACAUCAACAGCGAGAUUUCUUCUCUCGCGCGCUCUGUUCUGGCUUCCAGUGAUCUCGAUAUCGUUGCGAACCCCAAGACCCAGCUGCCUGAGCGGGCCAUCGUCUUCCUCACCGGUGCCACCGGCUUCCUCGGUCAAGAGAUCCUCAGGCAGCUCCUCUGCAACGACUCCAUCGCCUCCACCAUUGCCCUCGUCCGAUGCAAGUCUGUCGACCACGGCAUGGACCGUAUCCGCGAGACUGCCAAGAUUGCCGGCUGGUGGCGCGAGGAGUACACGAGCAAGAUUGAGAUCUGGCGCGGUGACUUGAGCAAGAAGCGCAUGGGCCUGAGCAACUCUCAAUGGGCUCGUCUGGCCGGCCUUUCAAAUGACAACGUCGAUGCCAUCGUCCACAACGGUGCCAUCGUCAACUGGAACGCCGACUACGACAAGAUGCGUGCUGCCAACGUCGAUUCUACGGUAGACAUUCUCAAGGCUGCCGUCACCUCACCCGCCUCUCCCAAGUUCGUCUUCGUCUCUGGCGGUAUCAAGUCUGAUCCCACCACCGAUCGCACGGCUCUGGGCCAGUACCUCAACAACUCCACUGGUUACAUCCAGACCAAGUUCGUCUCCGAGGGCAUCAUCCAGGAGGUCAUCAACACCCUCCCGGCCAACCAGAACCGCAUUUCCACUCUCAAGCCUGGUCGCAUCAUCGGAUCUCCCGAAACAGGCGUGGCCAACGUGGACGAUGUGCUGUGGCGAAUCGUUUCCACCGCCGCUUCUCUCGGCGUUUAUCCUGCCGAGCCUGAAGAGCAUUGGGUCUACAUCUCCGACGUCGAUACCGUGGCAUCAUCCGUGCUCAGCCAACUCUACACUACGGAGGGCAUCGCUCCCUUCGUCAAUGUCACGGGUGGCAUGCCGGCAACAGUCUUCUGGGAUCUCAUCAACAAGGAGCUCGACGUUCCCUGCGAACCUUUGUCCUUGGACGAAUGGACUCACCGUGCUUUGGAGUCGAUGAACCAAGUCGGCGACAAGCAUCCUCUGUGGCCGGUACAGCACUUCCUUGGCAACCUUGGCUCUCCUCGGUCUGCGCGAGACAUUGAGGCUGAGGGCAGUGAGCAUGAGCAGUGGCAUAUGGCUGUCAAGAUGAGCAUGCGCUAUCUUGUCAAGGUUGGCUUCAUCCAGACGUCUACUGAUGGCUUUGCUAAGCCUCGUCGGGCGGACACUUUCCAGCGUCAUGGUUGA